AUGGAUAAACUUUCAAAAGAGUGCAGUGUUGGUAUUUGAAAUGAAAAUGUGAUCUAGAAUCUGGUUCUCGUAUGCUCGUAAAGAUUGAGUUACGAUCUUUCUAAUCAGCCGAAAUGCAAAAUCUUAGAACUGAACUAAAUACGCGGAGUGAUUAUAACUAGAGAAUACUUAUGAUUUAAAUGUGGUUUACAGGUAUUAAUUAUUAUAAACUGGCCGUUGAGAAAGAUCAUGACUCUAUUUUUACGAUCAUUACGACCAUUUGGAAAUCAAGGUCGCGUGACUUAUAUGUUAGAUCAUAGACAAUCCAGAAGACAAGACAGACAAUCCUUCAAUCCUUCAAGAUAGACAAUCCUUCCUGUCUUCUGGAUUAUCUAUGGUUAGAUAGACAUUGCGUUGCACGUUGCAAGAAAGCGUGUAACAUGUCCUUUGGGAAACUUUCGACUAAUUGUAACUAUAUUUGCAGGGUGCCCCCGGGGCAGAUGGCGAGGAGGGGCCAAAAGGCAUGCGUGGAGAACGGGUAUGUGUAAUUUUUGUGUGUUUGUGUUAUCUACUCAGGUGAACAUGAUGUUUGUGAUGUUACUCUGAGUGUGCAUUCACACCGGGCAAGCUGAAAAGUUUGCCUGACCACGGUGGGAAUCGAACCCGUGACCUUUGGGAUACUAGUCCAAUGCUCUACCAACUGAGUUACGAGGUCAAGUCGGUUCGAAUUGGUGAUACUUCGGAACUGAGUCUAGUUCCUUCGAUAUCAAUGUAUUCUAAGAUAUGAUACUUUAGAUUUAGACUGAGGUCACAGAGUAUUUACAUGGGCAGUUUCUUCCAAAAUAGCUGGCGUCCAUGUUCCUAGCAAGUGCCCUAAGGAGAGCCAUUCACCCCCCCCCCUGGAACAUUAAAUUUCGAUAUGUUUUCAGGGGGGUGAUGGCCUUUCUUUAGGGCACUUGCUAAGAACAUGGCGGACUGAAAAAUCACUUACGCUAAUUUAACCCGAAGUGAGACCUCUGUAUGUAAGUACUCUGUGACUCAGGUUUUGAACCGGGGAUAAUUUUUGUCUUUAGGGUGAUCCAGGUCCUAUUGGAGCACGAGGAUCAAUGGGGGACAUAGGGGACCAAGUAAGUUGAGACGAAUUGUCUGGAAAUUGCUGUUUAGCUUCAAUAUUUUAGUUUAGAAUAAACAAAGAAAUUUUCUAUAUAAACAUCUCAACAUUGUAUUUUUAUGUAGCCAAAUGCUGCAGAGCCGUGGCUACAUGGUAUGCCGAAAUCCGACGUACUUUAUAGCCAGAAACUCUGGCUAUAAGGUAUGCCCGAAACAGGUGUACUUUACAGUCACAAACUGUGGGUAUACGGUAUGCAUAAAGCAGGCGUACCUUAUAGCUACAAACCAGGCUACGGGCGCUUUCCAUUUUUUUCUCUGAUGUUAAUGGAAAGAUCUGGUCUAUGUUUCUCAAACAUGUAGCGAAAAUGAACCUCAUUCUAAUGUUAUCUAAAUUUUCCGGUCAGUUAGGUCCGAAGCCCAAGUGUUUUGUGUUCCAUUCAAUAAUUUGACCGUUCUGGCCGGUCUGGCCGUGUUAUUGAAAAGCGCCCUACGGAGCAUGCCUAAAACAGGCAUACUUUUCAGCCACUAACCCAGGCUAUGAGGCAUGUUUCAAACGUCGCGCUUCUCAUGUGCCAAACACAUUAAAACAAUAGAUUGUUUCUAAAGCAUUCAACACAGGAGAAGCACGACCACAGUAUAGGGAAGGGCCACUCAGCGUCAAAGAGUGUCCGCAUUGUGUACUGGCUGCCAACCUAAUUAACAUAUUGGCAGCCAGUAAACGGCAGCAGCUCACUAUUAAAUUGUAUUACAGAGUGAUGGACCAUUUGCAUUAUACUGAUUAUAGACUAAAUUUUGAUUUAAACAAGUCUAGAUAAAAAUUUCAUCACAGCUUGAAAGAGCAUCACACAAUUAGUAAUAUUCCAAAGUUUCGUUACGAAAUGUUGUAAAAUGCGGAUAAUAUAGCCGUUUUUCAGUCAUUUUCUAUUACAAACGGGAAAUUGACAGCCCCUAAGGGUAUUGGGCUGUCAAUUUCCCACGCGUAAUGCAAAAUGACUGAAAAACGGCAAACUUCGCAAGGUUAUGUUAUCCGUAUUUUACAACAUUUCGCAAAGAAAUUUUGGAAUAUUACUAAUUUUGUGAUGCUCUUUCGAGCUGUGAUGAAAUUUUUAUCUGUACUUGUUUAGAUCAAAACUUAGUCUAUAAUGCAAAUGGUCCAUUGGUUUUGACUGUGCAAGACAUCUGGGACAAAAUUCUUUGUCUUUUCUUGUAUACCAUGUGUACCUUUUCCACUUGAUCAUCCGAUUUCAACUUUCACAGGGUGAAACAGGCGCUACUGGCGAUCAGGGAAAACGCGCGGAAGAAGGAAUCAAGGUUUGAAGCCAUAUUGAUGUGAUUCUCAUUGCGAAGCUAACAUAGUAUAGGAAUUUAUCAAAGACUUAUUGUAAGGCUUAUUAUUGGUGGUGAGGCUUAUCAGUAAUUUUGUUACUAGGGUGAAAAGGGGCUUUCUGGACUUCCUGGACCGCAAGGAUUACAUGUAAGUGGUAAUACGUUUGAAGUAGUAAAGCAUCAAAGGAUCAGUGCCUGUCUACACAUGCAAAAAUCUCACAUCUUGUAGCAAAUGUCUGCCAACAAGCCGCCAACAAGUUGUGUUGCCCUGCUUGUCGCAAGUUGUCAACAAGUUGUGUUCCCACUGCUUGGCCCAAGUUGUCAACAAGUUUGGAGCAAGUUGUUAACAACUUGUAACACCCUUGUUAUAUUAUCAGACUUGUUCCAAGGUUGUUCCAACAAGUCCGAUACAGUCAUGAUAUAACAGUAUUGUUACAACCUGAUGUCGUCAACCUUGUAACAUUACUGGUAUAUCAUGACUGUAUCAAACUUGUUAGAACAACCUUGUAACAAGUCCGAUAAUGCCAUCAAGCUUGUUACAAGUUGUUAAACAGCUUGUUCCAAACUUGUUCCAACAACAACUGGAAAAAAAGCAACAAGCAGUGCAAAUACAACCUAUAACAACUUGUCGUAGCGACGAUUGAGAUACCUGUAGAUAUAUUACACAGCAGACCUGCAGCAAUGCUGUUCCAACAACUUGCUUGUUUCGAGCUUGUCGAUAACUCUCUACAAGGUUUUUGAACUCAACAUACUUGUUACAAGUUCUUCCGACAACUUGUUAUCGUCCAGCAAUUCAACAAUUUGUCAACAAGUUGUGAGCGACAACCUUGUAGCAACUUGAUAAAAUAACAGUAUGGCACUGUUACAACUUGUUGACAAGCUUGCUACAAGCCUGUUGCGAACACAUCUUGUUGACAAGUUGUGAGAUUUUUACGUGUGUAUCUAAAAAAUAUAAUCUGAACUUCAAGCGAAGGCGCUUCAUCGAGAUAUUAUUUGAGUAAUGGACACUGUCAAUAUUUUCAGGGGGAUCGUGGAGGACCAGGAAUGCCGGGACCUACUGGACAACGAGGUAAAAAGGUAGGAUAAUACAGGAUAUAAGACGUUCAUGUAAUAAGUGCUCUGCCAUAACACAGAGUACUAAUCAUACAGAGGUCUUACUUCGUAAGGUAGUUUUUACUUCGCAUAUCUGGCGGCCACGAUCUUGGCAAGUGCCCUAAAGACCGGCAUUCACCCCCUUGAACGUUAAAUUUUAAUAUGGUUUCAGGGGGGUGACAGCCCCUUAGGAUAAAAUUAAUAAGAAGUGAGACCUCUGUAUGUAUUUACUAUGUGACCAUAAUACGUAUAUACUGUAGAAGAGAUAUGUAAGGCCGUAUAGCGAAGAGGCUAAAGCAGGGGGUGUAGUAUCGCAUUUGCCGACAACAUUUCAGUCGCAAAUCAAUAUUUCAUUUCUAAAAUUGUUGGCGAACGGGGGGGGGAUAUAUUUUCAGUAUAACUAUUGCUUUUUAUUCCGAGCCACUCAAAUAUUUUCGCUGACUACGAAAACAAUUUGCCGAUAAAUCGUUAUUUUGUCGAAAAUAUGUUUUCAGAGGGAGUGUCAUAGCGACGACCCUGUCGCUACGUUUCGGUACGAAACGGUUGAAAUGGACAACAACCGAAAAUGGACAAAAUAGACAAGAUUUUAUCAUGUCUGUCUAUAAAUUCCAUAAUUCUUCUGAAAGUAUUUUGAAGACAUCUUAUAUAAUGUUCAUGAAAUACAACUGUUUCACAAAGUGUGGGGCAUUCAUGAAAGGACGUUUACCUCGACUCUGUACAAAAUAAUAAAAUAUAAUGAAAUCUUCGGAAUGUUUUAGCUAGUUGUUUCUAAUAUAAAUAGAAAAUUAUUUUCGCACCAUUUUCAACAAUAUCAAAGACACAAAAGCUCCCUACGCAUAGCUGCGUCACAGAGGCUCGUGGGCGGAAUUUGUAUGUCGUAGUCUACCUACGCAAUGUUGCUCUCUUUUGAAUUACUCUAACCAUGCAUUCAAAUAACUAUCAAUCAUUUAAUACGUAUUUCAGAUAAUACAAUGUUCGGUAUUUUCUAGUCAUUUCCGUAGAUAUAACAAACAAGAUUACACCAUUUUCAACAAUAAAAUUUUCAACAAGCUCUCCCUACGCAAUUCUGCUAUCUUUUGAAUUGCUCUAACCAUUCAUUCAUAUAAAUAAUUUAAUACAUAUUUCGCUCCAUGCCUGUGGGCAGUCCAGCUCACCACGUCAUAUUGACAGACUUUUAAUUGCCUGCUUGUACAUUUAUUGCUUUUCGGGACCUGAAGUUUAUCUUGCAGAGAGCCAACGCUUAUAAUUGUGAAAUACAACCAUUUCAGGAAGUUCAACACCGGGAAAUUUGCCUAGCUAAGAAAAGUGGAAUGUUAGGUAUUUUCUAGUCAUGUCUGUAGAUAUAACGAACAAGAUUACGCCAUUUUCAACAAUAUCAAAGACACAAAAAACCCUACGCAAUGUUGUUAUCUUUUGAAUUGCUCUAACCAUGCAUUCAAAUACUGAUUUAACACAUCACUUUGCGCAAUGUCUGUGGGGAGUCCAGCUCAUCACGUCAUAUUGACAGACUUUUAAACUGUCUGCUUGUACAUUUCUUGCUUUUUUGGCCAGAACUUUAUCUUGCAGAGAGCCAACGCUUAUAAUUGUGAAAUACAGCUAUUUCAGCCCAACAAUAUUUUCAGCCCUAUUUUUGCCCAAUAAAAAAAAAAUGGAAUCUCCUGUAUUCCUUGUCAUUUCUAUAUAUUCAGAAACUUAAUUUUAGAUCAUUUUCAAUUAACUUUUAACAAUAUCAAAGACACAAAAGCUCCCCAUGCAUCUUUGCCAUCUUUUGUACAGCUUUAGCCAUGCAUUCAAAUAACUUAAUUGUUGUCCCUUGUCAGUCGAAUAUCAAGAGUGGCCGCUUCAUUUUACCCAAAUUGCUGUGCACAAACAUUAAAGUGCACAGACCAAAGUUUCAGAGAUGUAGUUUAUUAAAUAUUAAGAUGAUAGACGCCGUCAAGGAUUAUUUAACACCGAAAAGAUUUGGCAUUGUCGCUUAUAUAUGUGUGAUUGUUCAUUUCCUUUGUGGAUUGGUAUUUACUGCUGUUACCGCGGCUUUGAGGGCAAGCGAGAACGAGAAAUUUUCUUGCUCUGUUGAUGCUAAAAGUACGGCCACGUAUAAGAAACAGGUCGAUCAGGCAUGUUUUGCAAGAUAUGAUCAGGCUUAUAAUUCCCCUCUGCCUUUAUAUGGCUUUGUUACACUGAGUAUUGGAUUGUCAGUUCUUGUCAGUGUUAUUUAUUCACUGCUAGUGAGCGCUCGUGUCGACGAAAUAGAGUCAAGCCAUGAACGACAAACUGAUGGCGAAGUUGAACAUCUGGUCCAUGGACAGAACAAGAGAAUUUUUUAUGUAUUUUAUCGCUAUUUUAUCCACCUCGUUGUGCGUUCGUUAUUUGGGAUCAUUUUUACUGUUGUACAACACACAUAUUUCUAUCCUAAUGGUUUCGAUUUGAAAUUCAGCUGUAAUUUACCACCAGCGGAAGUAACAUUCAACAUCAAUACACCAAAGAAUGUGAGGCGUAAUUUGAAUAGUACAUCGAUAAAUUGUGAGAAUGCGACAGCGUCAGAGAAAUGGUUAUGGGGCAUUAUUGUGUCUGUAAUAAACAGUAUAUUUGUUUUAGUUAUACUUGUGGAAAUCAUUUAUCUUUGGCGACGUUUACCAAUCCUUAACUGUCGUCCAGGAAUUGGCUGGAGCUGUGAUUCUGAAUUUGUCACAGCUUAUUUUCUUCGUAAGCGAGAUGAUGUGCUUGAUGAACUGGAAAUGAUAACAAGCGUCAAUAAGAACCUUCUAGAAUCUAUAGACUUUUACAAACAACAAGUUUUGAAUCGUUCUCACGCACCUGACAUAAAUUAUAUACCAAAAACUAAUUUCGACGAUUUGUACACUGACGUAGUUAUCCACACUGAACGGUCUAAACGCGAAUUUACCAGUUUACUCAAAAGAACGGACAGACACGAAAUCUACCAUGUUUAUAUGGAAGUUCCUUUCGAAGCUAUACGUUUAGAAAAGAUAAAAAAGUUAUUUUAUCCAAACAAAGAUACAAAGGGAGAAUUUCCUCGCAGAAUUUUGGCAGUUGGAAGACCUGGGAUUGGAAAAACUGUCUUGACCGAAAAAAUUCUCCGUGACUGGGCUAAUGGAAUUGAUGAAUAUUAUUCCGACAAGAUUGUCUUCUUUUUCAAAUUCAGAUGGUUCAAUGAGAAUAUUAACACAUUAACAAAUAUAUCCCUUAAGACAUUUCUUCGAUUUGGGACGAGACUGAGUAAAGAAAAGUUCGAAAGUAUUUAUGAAGAAAUUGCAAAGCAGCCACGAAAAGCCAUUCUUAUUUUUGAUGGUUUAGAUGAAUAUCAUGGCGACCUCAUAAGUUGCUUAGACCAAUCUUGCCUUCCAAACGAUCCUAAUACUGGCACGUCAGCAAUGAAUUUAUUCAUUAAACUAGUUUUGGGCGACUUAUUGAAAGGAUCAACGGUUGUAGUAACGAGCAGACCGACUGCAGAGGAUUUUUACUCGAGACUUGAUUUUGAUCGAAAUGUGGAGAUUAUUGGUUUCACUUGCGAUAAGAUUGAAGAAUAUGUCAGCCGAUUUUGUGACAAGAAUAACACGAGCGACCUUACAACGAAGAUAUGGAAGCACAUAAAAUCCUCAUCAGAACUGUUAAACUUAUGUUACAUUCCAGUCAACUGCUUCAUAGUCUGUGUUACCCUCUCUGGAUGUCUUAGUGUCCAAAGAAAUGAAACUAGUGCUCUUCCAACAACACUGACAGAACUUUACCAGAGAGCCAUUAAUCAUUUUGAGAAACAUCAUCGCAGAAAUGCAGACAGAAACUCUACGGCACAUGAAGUGUUAAAGAAACUUCAACGAUUAGCAUUCCUUGGUAUGGAAAGCGGGAAACUGGUUUUUGAGCAAGAAUCAUUUGAUGAACAAAUGAGAACAUCAGGUUUAUUGAACAGUUUAUCCAAUCCUAUUUUCCCACUACGAACCCAAUUUUGUUUUAUCCAUUUAACCGUUCAAGAAUUUCUUGCUGCAAGACACGUGACUGGAACAUUUGCUCCAGCCAAAAUAAAGAAGUUCAUUUCCGACAAUGUUGAAAGUGGAAAAUGGCAUUUAGUUCUUCAGUUCAUUGCAGGACUUUUGGGCAAGAAAAUCAAGAAUUUUGAUAAGGAAUAUAAGGAUUGUGUUUUCGCGUUUGUAGAAAGCUUCGAAGUUACUAGUGGUCAGGCUCAACUUGAAUACCGUGAAGUGUUUAUAAUGAAGUGCCUAAGGGAAGCGGACGACGAAGAGCUUACUAAAGAAGUUUGCGAAACAACUGCUAUGAACAAUUUGGUAAAACUAUGCACUGAUCGAUUUUUUAAUCUUUCCCCAAGUGAUUGGGCAGCAGUGACUUUCGUUUGCAAACACAUGAAAAAAUUGGCAAGUUUGACAUUGUUUGGAUGGGGCAAAGAUUGUCUUCCGGAGGUUCUAGGAUUGCUACGUAAAAGAUGCCUAAGUAAACUAAAUAUGCAGUGUUCGAUUUCAGACGAUAUAGACCAAGUUAAUUAAUGGAAUUAAACUGCACAUUGGAGCACGAACACACGAAGCUGACUUCGUUGACACUUAAUUAUUUGCGCAUGACCAAAACAGGUUUACAAAUCGUGUGCAAAUAUUUUGAAAACGGACAUGCGAGCCAACUUGAGCAGUUAACUCUAGAUUCUAUAAAAAUUGAUUCACAUCAAAUUUCGAAACUUUGUGAAGUCCUUAACAAUGGACAUUGUGUAAAUCUUGCACAUUUGGAUCUUGGAUAUAAUUCAAUACGUGAUGAGGGUGUAAUGGUGUUGUGUGAUACUCUGACGAAAGGGCUUUGUAAACUUAAUACAUUGCACGUCCGUAAGUGUGAGUUAACAGAUGAAUGUAUUCUACGCUAGUUAAAGCACUGCAAGAUGAACGUUGUCAACUGACUGAUCUAUCACUGGAGUGGAAUGCCAUAGGUGAUAAAGGUGUAGGUACAUUGUUUGAAGAUGCCCUGACGAAAGAGCAUUGUAAGCUUAGUCAGUUGAGUCUUGCUGCGCGUUCGUUAACGGAUCAAUGCAUACCCAGUUUGUGUAAGGCACUGGAAGAUGAACGUUGCCAACUGACUGUUCUAUCACUGAGGUUCAAUGCCAUAGGUGAUAAAGGAGUAGGUAUGUUGUUUGAAGAUGCCCUGACAAAAGAGCAUUGCAAGCUUACCACGUUAGUUCUUCGUAAGUGUUCGUUAACAGAUCAAUGCAUACCCAGUUUGUGUAAGGCACUGCAAGAUGAACGUUGUCAACUGACUGAUCUAUCACUGUGGGGCAAUGCCAUAGGUGAUAAAGGUGCAUGUAUGUUGUUUAAAGAUGCCCUGACAAACGAACGUUGUAAACUUACUGAGUUGUCCCUUGGCGAGUGUUUGUUAACGGAUCAAUGCAUACCCAGUUUGUGUAAGGCACUAAAAGAUGGUCGGUGUGUGUUAAAAAGAUUAGGAGUAGAAUUCAAUAAUUUUAUUGAAAACGGCGAGAAGUUACUUCGUGAUGUAGAGUAUUAUGAAAGUUGUAAAGCUAGGGGUUUACAAAUUGAUGUCUGAUGAGUACACUGGAGAUUAUAUCUGAUCUUAAAAUUUUUGUAAAUACACUAUACGCUUUAAAUUUGUAAAAUAAAUCCUGUUUCAUCGAUAAUUGUAGAUUAUCUUUGAAUAUAAUUUGCAUAAAUAAUAGUUACUCAGACUGCUCUGAGCAGUAACUAUUGCAUUGCUUUUCAAAAAAAAUGGCUGAAAAUAAGAUGAAUGUAAUUUACUUAUGCAAAUUAUAUUCAUAAAAUAAACACGUGUAUUAGUUGUAUUUAUGAUUAAAACUUUUUCAAUACUGAAAUUAUACUAAAAACAGUUAGUCGCUUCAGGCUCGGUGAUCACAUAGAGAAUAAUACACGUGUGCGCGGAAAUACCAGAUUUAUUUCGAGUGUUGAACAUAAUCCAUCAUUGAAAAACGCAUCCACUUUGAAAAACGAUAUUUUUACAGCGGAAAAGCGAUUGAAAAGCGGUAAUUUUCACACGUGAAAUUAUCAUAAAUAACCUCACACAUGUGAGAUUAUCAAUUUUACCAGUACUCGAAAUCUCUAUGAAGCACUAUACUUUAUAUAAUAAAGGCUUUUAGUAUAAUUACACAGGUGAUUAUUGAAAAUUCUCCACGUUGAUUGGUUGCCGUUGAGGUGGUUAUUACGCGAUGAUCACCUAAGCGAUUUUCAAAAUGGCGUCCGAAGCCGUUUUGUCAAUUAAAUGACGAAGAAAUGAGUAUAUUUUAUUUUCUCCAAAUAAUCACUUACGAAAUUAUACUAAAACAAUUAUUCACCUCAGGCUCGGUGAUUAUCGUGAAUAAAAACCUCGACUUUGUCUCUGUUUUUAUUCACCGAUAAUCACCUCGUUUUCGGCGAAUAAUUGUUAAAUAAUCACCGAGCCUGAGGUGACUGCCGUAUUUACUCGUUUGAGCGCCGCGGCGCUCUUUAAAUUUUCAGAGCUUCCGGAUGCGGCGCUCAUUCGAGGGCGGCGCUCAAUCGGGGGCGGCGUUCUUUAAAAAAACUUUUAUUUGUGAAUUAUAUCAAGAACUUUUAACAAUAAAAUAAACAAGUUUUGAAUAUCUUUAUCACUAAAUGUCCCCAUUUUGACGGUGGAAAAUUAUUACACUGUUUAGUGCGGCGCUCAUUCGGGGGCGGCGCUCUUUAAAAAAAAAAUGAUCUCAAAUGCGGCGCUCAUUCGGGGGCGGCGCUAGAUCGAGUAAAUACGGUAUAUUGUUAAUUAAUCCCAGCCACUAAAAUAUUCUCGCUGACCACGAAAACAAUUUGUCGAUGAAUCCGCUAUUUUACCGAAAACAUGUUUUCAGGGGGUGUCACACCCCACACCACCGCCCCCCCCCACCCCUGACCUGGAAAUAUGGCAUGCGCAACUUCAGAUAUAAAAAUACAGUUUGGUUUUGAAACCGACCAAAUGUUUGUGUAACUUCAGCACAGAUAUUUUCUUCAUAGGGUCCACAAAGUCCGCGCGGUAUGACGCUACGUUUCGGUAGGAAACGGUUGAAAUGGAAAACAACCCAUGUAGACAAGCUUUUAUCAUGUCUGUCUAUAAAUUCCAUAAUUCGUCUGAUAGUAUUUCGAAGAAACCUAACGCUUAUACAAUAUUCAUGAAAUACAACUAUUUCAUAAAGUUUGAGACAUUCAUGAAAGCAUGUUUACGUCGACUCUGUACAAAAUAAUAAAAUAUAAUAAAAUCUUCUGUAUUUUCUAGUCAUUUCUGUAGAUAUAACAAACAAGAUUACGCCAUUUUCAACAAUAUCAAAGAUACAAAAGCUCCCUACGGAAUGUUGCUAUCUUUUAAAUUGCUCUAACCAUACAUUCAAAUAACUAUCAAUCAUUUAAUACAUAGUUUGACCCUGACUCGUCCCCAGUCGUCUGCGCGCGCUUUCCAAUUCGCACGUGCUCACAGAGACGACUGGGGACGAGUCAGUAGUUUGACCCAUGCCUGUGGGGAAUCCAGCUCAUCACGUCAUAUUGACAGACUUUCAAACUGUCUGCUUGUACAUUUCUUGCUUUUUCGGAACCUGAAGUUUACCUUGCUGACAGCCAACGCUUAUAAUUGUGAAAUACAACCAUUUCAGGAAGUCCAACACCGGGAAAUCUGCCCAGCCAAGACAAAUGGAAUGUUCGGUAUUUUCUAGUCAUUUCUGUAGAUAUAACAAACAAGAUUACGCCAUUUUCAACAAUAAAAUUUUCAACAAUAUCAAAGACACAAAAUCUCCCCCAUGCAAUUUUUCCAUCUUUUGUACAGCUUUAGCCAUGCAUUCAAAUAACUUAAUUGUUGUCUCUUGUCUGUUGAAUAUCAACAAAAACACACUGAGUUGCCGUUUCAUUUUACUCAAAUUGCUGUGUCACAAACAUUAGAAAACGUUUACCAAUCCUCAACCGUCAUUCUGGAGUUGUCUGGAGCUGUGAUUCUAAAUUUGUUAUUGAAUAUCUUCUUGGCAAGCAAUUUAAUGUACGUGGUGAAAGUGAACCUUUAACAGGUAUCGAAAGCAACCCUACGUACUGUAGCACUCAGGGCUGUAUUGACUUUUACAAGAAAGGAGUUUUGAAUCGAUCUCGUGAUCCUGGCAUAAUCUAUAGACCAAACGCUAAUAUAGAUGAUUUGUAUAUUGAGGUUGUUAUCCAUACUGGACGAACUCAGCAUAAUUUUUGUGAAGAAAUGGGAAGACACGAAAUCUACGACGUUUAUAUGAAAGUUCCCUUAGAAUCCAUACGUUUAGAAAAGAUAAGAGAUAUAUUUCGUCCCUAUGAAGAUACAAAGGGAAAAUUUCCUCGUAGCGUCCUGGCGAUUGGAAGACCUGGGAUUGGAAAAACCGUGUUGACCGAAAAACUUCUCCAUGACUGGGCUAAUGGAAUUGAUGAAUAUUAUUCCACAAGAUUGUCUUCUUUUUCAAAUUCAGAUGGUUCAACGAGAAUAUUAACGAAUUAACAAAUAUAUCCGUUAAAACAUUUCUUCGGUCUGGACGGACUGAGUGAAGAAAAGUUCGAAAGUAUUUACGAAGAAAUUGCAAAAGAGCCACAAAAAGCCAUUCUUAUUUUUGAUGGUUUAGACGAAUAUCAGGCGACCCCAUAAGUUGCUUAGACCAAUCUCACAUCAUUCCAAACGAUCCUAAUACUGGCACGUCAGCAAUGAAUUUAUUCAUUAAACUAGUUUUGGGCGACUUGUUGAAUGGAGCAACGGUUGUGGUAACUAACAGGCCGACUGCAGAUGAUUUUUACUCGAGACUUGAUUUUGAUCGAAAUGUGGAGAUUAUUGGUUUUACUUCUGAUAAAAUUGAAGAAUAUGUCAGCAGAUUUUGUGACAAUAAUAACAAGAGCAACCUUACAACGAAGAUAUGGAACCACAUAAAAUCUUCAUCAGAACUGUUAAACUUAUGUUACAUUCCAGUCAACUGCUUUAUAGUGUGUGUUACCCUCUCUGGAUGUCUUGGUGACCCAAAAAAUGAAACUAGUGCUCUUCCGACUACACUGACAGAACUUUACCAGACAGCCAUUGCUCAUUUUGAGAAAUAUCAUCACAGAAAUGCAGACAGAAACUCUACGGCACAUGAAGCGUUAAAGAAACUUCAACGAUUAGCAUUCGUUGGUAUGGGAAGCGGGCAACUGGUUUUUAAUCAAACAUUAUUUGAUGAAGAAAUGAGAAAAUCUGGUUUAUUGAACAGUUUAUCCAAUCCUAUUUUCCCACUACGAACACAAUUUUGUUUUAUACAUUUAACCAUACAAGAAUUUCUUGCUGCAAGACACGUGACUGAAAUACUCGCUCCACCCAAAAUAAAGAAGUUUAUUUCCAAAAAUGUUGAAAGUGCAAAAUGGCAUUUGGUUCUUCAGUUUAUUGCAGGACUUUUGGGCAAGAAAAUCAGGGAUUUUGAUAGGGAAUACAAGGAUAGUGUUUUCGCGUUUGUAGAAAGCUUGAAAGUUACUAAUGGUGAAAUUGAAGUUAAAUACCCUGAAGUAUUUAUAAUGAAGUGUUUAAGGGAAGUAGACAAUGAGGAGAUUACUAAAGAAAUUUGCGAAGCAACUGCUAUAAACGAUUUGGUAGAACUAUGCAUUGAUACAGAAUCUUAUUAUCUUUCUCCAAGUGACUGGGCAGCAGUGACUUUCGUUUGUAAACACAUGAAAAAAUUGGCAAAUUUGACAUUGUUUGGAUGGAACACACAUUACCUUCCGGAGAUUCUAGGAUUGCUACGAAAAAGAUGCCUAAAUAAACUAAAGAUGAAUUUGGGAGUAUUUGGUAUUGCAGACGAAGUAUUUAGCGCAUUAAUGGAAGUAAACUGUACAGUGGACCACAAACACACGAAGCUGACUUCGUUGACAACUAAUCAUUUGAGCGUGACCGAAACAGGUUUACCAAUCGUAUGCAAAUUUUUUGAAAACAGGCAUGCGAGCCAACUUGAGCAGUUAACUCUAAGUUCUAGUGAAAUUGAUUCACAUAAAAUUUCUAAACUUUGUGAAGUCCUUAACAAUGGACAUUGCCCAAAUCUUGUACAUUUGAAUCUUGAAAGUAAUUGAAUACGUGAUGAGGGUGGAAUGGAAUUAUGUGAUACUCUGACAAAAGAGCAUUGUAAGCUUACUAGGUUGAAUCUUGACGAGUGUUUGUUAACGGAUGAAUGCAUACCCAUUUUGUGUAAGGCACUCCAAGAUGAACGUUGUCAACUGACUGAUCUAUCACUGGCGUACAAUGCCAUAGGUGACAAAGGUGCAUGUAUGUUGUUUGAAGAUGCCCUGACAAAAGAGCAUUGUAAGCUUACUGAGUUGGAUCUUUAUCAGUGUUCGUUAACGGAUCAAUGCAUACCCAGUUUAUGUAAGGCAGUGAAAAAUGGUCAGUGUGUGUUAACAACAUUAUUUCUUAUGCCGAAUAAUUUUACUAAAAACGGCAAGAAUUUACUGCUUGAUGUAAAGAAUUAUGAAAGUUGUAAAGCUAGGAAUUUACAGAUCAUAUAUACUGCUAAACGUUUGUAAAUACACUAUACGGCUUUAAAUUUGUAAAACAAACGCUGUUUGAUUGAUAAUUGUGGAUUAUCUUCGCGUUUAAUCUGGGAUGUUGCCAAACGAUAGUCGGUGAUUGACAAGUCUUAAUUAUUGAAGUCCCUGAUCAAACGAGGAUGAGAUUUGAUGAGAGUUAAAGCGAGAGUUUGCAUGAGAGUUUUCUCAACUAAUGCCUCGAUCCAAACGAGAACACAAGUUGCAUGAGAGUUGAAUUCAGUUGAGUGGAUAUUACCACGCGCGUAGCAAAAACUCUCACAACUCUCAUCAAAAUUUUAACGAGCUCAAAUUGUAACGAAGUUGCAACUUUCAUCUACGUUUGAGCGAGCUUUUCAGUAAUAUUUUCGUACAUUUAUCAAAAUUUUUGCAAUAAUCAGCCGUCACUCAAAUAUUCUCGCCGACUACGAAAACAAUUUGCCGAUUGACGGCCCUACGCUAUACGGGUGAAAUGGCAAACAGCCCAUGUAGACAAGAUUCUAUCAUGUCUAUAAAUUCCAUAAUUCUCCUGAAAGUAUUUUGAAGAAACCUAAAGGCCUGUUUAUACUUGCAAUUUUUGCUGCGAUUUUUAGCGCGAUUUUCUUCUUCUGAUGGAUGUGAAUGAGUGGAUGAGUUAUGAAUGUUCAGAUGAGGGAACUUAUGCCACAGAAUAGAAAAUAAGACCAGAAGCCUCACUCAGCCAAAAUUAUGUCCGAGAUAGCAAGUGUAAUCCACGCCAUAAAACGCGAGCAAUUACGCCAUCAAUUGCCAUUACCAGGUAAUUUGCUGACGAACGCUGACGUGAUGUUCGCAGCAAGUGUCACACACGUCAUCUAGCGUGCGAAAUUUGUGAUCCGCAAGGCGAAAAUCGCGGACACGAAAAUGUUAAGGAAAGGUGUACAGUGAGACUUCUGGUCGAUUAUAUAUUCUAUGCUUAUGCUCUGAACAUUCAUAACUCAUCUACUCGUUCACAUGCGUCAGAAGACGAAAAUCGCGCUAGACGCAGCAAGAAUUGCCGGUGUAAACGGCUGCUGUUACCGCAGCUUUGAGAGAUAGCGAGAACGGGAAAUUUUCUUCCUCUGUUGAUGCUAAAAGUACAGCCACGUACAAGAAACAGGUCGAUCAGGCAUGUUUUGCAAGAUAUGAUCAGGCUUAUAACUCCCCUAUACCUUUGUAUGACUUUGGGGGUGUCACAUCCCACCCCUCCCCCCUGCCCUGUAAAUAUGGCAUGCGUAACUUCAGAUAUAGAUAUACAGUUUGGUUUUGAGACCGACCAAAUGUUUGUGUACCUUCAGCACAGAUAUUGUCUUCAUAGGGUCCGCAAGGUCCGCGCGGUAUGACGCUACGUUUCGGUAGGAAACGGUUGAAAUGGAAAACAACCCAUGUAGACAAGCUUUUAUCAUGUCUGUCUAUAAAUUCCAUACUUCUUCUGAAAGUAUUUUGAAGAAACCUAACGCUUAUAUUAUGUUCAUGAAAUACAACUAUUUCACAAAGUCCAGGUGAUCUCGUUUUCGUAUUUUAGCCAAUCAGCGCUCAGAAAGGGUUGUCCGAAUAGAAAUCCAUUUUGAUGUAUUCAGUCAAUUAUAUCUUUCGUUAUUCGUUAUGAAACUAGUUGAAAUUUUGUAAUUAUGUUUGGUUAUGAGAACUAUAGCUCUGACAAAAAUAUGGAAUCGAAAUAAGGUAUAUUACAGGAGAUAUUCAGUUGUUUUAAUCAUAAAAUGGAUUUGGAUUUGACAACUAGUGCCAGUACUUUUCCGCGUAUCAAGAUCAUCUGGAGUGUGAGACAUUCAUGAAAGGCGAUGUUUACCUCGACUCUGUACAAAAUAAUAAAAUAUAACGAAAUCUUCGGUAUUUUCUAGUCGUUUCUAAUAGAUAUAGCAAAUUAUUUUUGCACCAUUUUCACUGACAAUAUCAAAGACACAAAAAACCCCUACGCAAUUUUGCUAUGUUUUGAAUUGCUCUAACCAUGCAUGCAUUUAAAUAACUAUCAAUCAUUUAAUACAUAUUUCGCCCCAUGCCUGUGGGGAGUCCAGCCCAUCACGUCAUAUCGACAGAUUUAGCUGCCUGCUGGUACAUUUCUUGCUUUUUCGGGACCUCAAGUUUAUCUUGCAGAGAGACGACGCUUAUAAUUGUGAAAUACAGGAAGUCCAACACCGGGGAAUCUGCCCAGUCAAGAAAAAUAGCAUCUCCGGUAUAUUCUAGUCAUUUCUAUAUAUUCAGCAACUUAAUUUUAGAUCAUUUUCAAUUAACUUUUAACAAUAUCAAAGAGACAAAGCUCCCCAUGCAAUUUUGCAAUCUUUUGUACGGCUUUAGCCAUGCAUUCAAAUAUUAAACUUAAUUGUUGUCUCUUGUCUGUUGAAUAUCAACAAAAACACACUGAGUUGCCGCUUCAUUUUACCCAAAUUGCUGUGCACAAACAUUAAAGUGCACAGACCAAAGUUUCAGAGAUGUAGUUUAUUAAAUAUUAAGAUGAUAGACGACGCCGUUCAUUUCCUUUGUGGAUUGGUAUUUACUGCUGUUACUGCAGCAUUGAGGGCAAGCGAGAACGGGAAAUUUUCUUGCUCUGUUGAUGCUAAAAGUACGCCACGUACAAGAAACAGGUUGAUCAGGCAUGUUUUUCCAUUUAUGAUCAGGUUUAUAACUCCCCUCUGCCUUUAUACGGCUUUGUUACACUGAGUAUUGGAUUGUCAGUUCUUGUCAGUGUUAUUUAUUCACUGCUAGUGAGCGCUCGUGUCGACGAAAUAGAGUCAAGCCUUGAACGACAAACUGAAGACGAAGUUGACCACCUGGUCCAUGGACAGAAUAGGAGAACUUUUUAUGUAUUUUAUCGCUAUUUUAUCCACCUCGUUGUGCGUUCGUUAUUUGGGAUCAUUUUUACUGUUGUACAACACAUAUAUUUCUAUCCCAAUGGUUUCGAUUUGAAAUUCAACUGUGAUAUACCACCAGCGGAAGUAACAUCCAACAUCAAAACACCAAAGAAUGCGAGUCGUAAUUUUAAUAGUACAUCAGUAAAUUGUGAGAAUGCGACAGCGUCAGAGAAAUGGUUAUGGGGAAUAAUUGUUUCUGUAAUAAACAGUAUAUUUGCUUUAGUUAUACUUGUGGAAAUCAUUUAUCUUUGGCGACGUUUACCAGUCCUUAACUGUCGUCCAGGAAUUGGCUGGAGCUGUGAUUCUGAAUUUGUCACAGCUUAUUUUCUUCGUAAGCGAUAUGAUGUGCCUAGGGAUGAACUGGAAAUAUCAAACGUCAAUAAGAACCUUCUGAAAUCUGUAGACUUUUACAAACAACAAGUUUUGAAACGUUCUCGUGAUCCCGGCAUAAUUUAUGGGCCAAACGCUGAUAUAGAUGAUUUGUAUAUUGACGUAGUUAUCCAUACUGGACGAGCUCCGCAUAAUUUUCCUGAAGAAAUGAGCAGACACGAAAUCUACGACGUUUAUAUGGAAGUUCCUUACACCUCAAUACGUUUAAAAAGAAUUAAUGAAUUAUUUUGUCCAAAUAGAGACACAAAGGGAGAAUUUCCUCGUAGCAUUCUGGCGAUUGGAAGACCUGGGAUUGGAAAAACUGUCUUGACCGAGAAAAUUAUCCGCGACUGGGCUAAUGGAAUUGAUGAAUGUUAUUCUGACAAGAUUGUCUUCUCUUUCAAAUUCAGAUGCUUCAAUGAGAAUAUUAACAAAUUAACAAAUAUAUCCCUUAAGACAUUUCUUCGGUUUGGGACGGGACUGAGUGAAGAAAAUUUCGAAAGUGUUUACGAAGAAAUUGCAAAAGAGCCACAAAAAGCCAUUCUUAUUUUUGAUGGUUUAGAUGAAUAUCACGGCGACCCCAUAAGUUGUUUAGACCAAUCUCGCAUCAUUCCAAACGAUCCUGAUAAUGGCACGUCAGCAAUGAAUUUAUUCAUUAAACUAGUUUUGGGCGACUUGUUGAAAGGAGCAACGGUUGUAGUAACGAGCAGACCGAUUGGAGAUGGUUUCUACUCGAGACUUAAUUUUGAUCGAAAUGUGGAGAUUAUUGGUUUCACUUCCAAUAAUAUUGAAAAAUAUGUCAGCCGAUUUUGUGACAAUAAUAACACGAGCGACCUCAAAACGAAGAUAUGGAAUCACAUAAAAUCCUCAUCAGAACUUUAAACUUAUGUUACAUUCCAGUCACUGCUUUAUAGUGUGUGUUACCCUCUCUGGAUGUCUUAGUAAUCCAAGAAAUAACGGUGUUCUUCCAACAACACUGACAGAACUUUACCAGAGCCAUUGAUCAUUUUGAGAAAUAUCAUCACAGAAAUGCAGACAGAAACUACGGCACAUGAAGCGUUAAAGAAACUUCAACGAUUAGCAUUCCUUGGUAUGGAAAGCGGGCAACUGGUUUUUAAUCAAACAUUAUUUGAUGAAGAAAUGAAAACAUCAGGUUUAUUGAACAGUUUAUCCAACCCUAUUUUCCCACUACAAACACAGUUUUGUUUUAUCCAUUUAACCAUACAAGAAUUUCUUGCUGCAAGACACGUGACUGAAACAUUCGCUCCACCCGAAAUACAGAAGUUUAUUUCCGCUCAUGUUAAAACUGGUAAAUGGCAUUUAGUUCUUCAGUUCAUUGCAGGAAUUUUGGGAAAGAAAAUCAAGAAUUUUGAUAAGGAAUAUAAGGAUUGUGUUUUCGCGUUUGUAAAAAGCUUGAAAGUUACUAAUGGUGAAAUUGAAAUUAAAUACCCUGAAGUGUUUAUAAUGAAGUGUUUAAGGGAAGUAGACAAUCAGGAGAUUACUAAAGAAAUUUGCGAAGCAACUGCUAUAAACGAUUUGGUAGAACUACGCAUUAAUACAGCAUUUUAUAAUCUUUCUACAACUGAGUGGGCAGCAGUGCAUUUCGUUUGUAAACACAUGAAAAAAUUGGCAAAUUUGACAUUGUUUGGUUGGGGCAGAGGUUGUCUUCCGGAGAUUCUAGGAUUGCUACGAAAAAGAUGCCUAAAUAAACUAAAUGUGCGUUCGGCAAGAUUUGGUAAUGCAAACGACGUAUUUAGCGCAGUAAUGGAAUUAAACUGCGCAUUGGACCACAAACACACUAGGCUAAUUUUCUUAGCACUUCAUCAUUUGAGCAUGACCGAAACAGGUUUACCAAUCGUGUGUAAAUUUUUUGAAAACGGGCAUGCGAGCCAACUUGAGCAGUUAACUCUAAGUUCUAGUGAAAUUGAUUCACAUAAAAUUUCUAAACUUUGUGAAGUCCUUAACAAUGGACAUUGCCCAAAUCUUGUACAUUUGAAUCUUGCAAAUAAUUCAAUACGUGAUGAGGGUGGAAUGGUGUUGUGUGAUACUCUGACGAAAGGUCUUCGUAAACUUAAAUCAUUGGAUGUCCGUAAGUGUUCGCUAACAGGUCGACGUAUUCCUACGCUAGUUAAGACACUGCAAGAUGAACGUUGCCAACUGAUUGUUCUAUCAUUGGCGGAAAAUGACAUAGGUGAUAAAGGUGUAUGUAUGUUGUUUGAAGAUGCCCUGACAAAAGAGCAUUGUGAGCUUACUGAGUUGAAUCUUUGUGACUGUUUGUUAAAUGAUCAAUGCAUACCCAGUUUGUGUAAGGCACUGACAGAUGGUCAGUGUGUAUUAAGACGUUUAUUGCUUAAUAUAGGGAAUAAUUUUACUGAAAACGGCAAGAAUUUACUGCGUGACACUAUGAAUUAUGAAAGUUGUAAAGCUAGGGAUUUACAAAUUGUUGUCUGAUGAGUACAUUGGAAAUUAUAUCUGACCUUAAAAAUUUUUGUAAUACCCUAUGCCGCCUUAAAUUUGUAAAAUAAACGCCGAUUCGUCAAUAAUUGUAGACUAUCUUCGCGUUAUCUGGGAUGUUGCCAAACGAUAGUGUGAUUGUAAAAUCUUAAUUAUUGUAAAGUCCCUGAUCAAACAAGAAUGGGAGUUGAUGAAGUUGGCAAGCGAGAGUUUGCAUGCGAGUUUUCUCAACUCUCGUGUCCCGACCCGAACGAGAAUAAAAGCCGCAUGAGAGUUGAUGAAAGUUGACUGGAUAUUACCGCGCGCGUAACAAAAACUCUCAUCAAAAUUUAAACCAGUUCAAAGUUGAUGAAAGUGUCCGAGAGUCGAUGAGAGUUUGUUUUCUCAAGAUCUUUUAAAAAAGUAGUUUUGACUGAGGGGCAAAAUAGUUAAACUGGGGAGGGGCAACAUGGGGCGGGGGGGGGGGAGACUUGGCACACCAUUUCAUAUGUUAAAAAUGCCCUGCGGUGAAACACGAGUGAGAGUUGCAACUGUCAUCAACUCUGAUUCUCGUUUGGCCGAGGCUUAAGCCUGGUUCACACUACCAAUUUUGUCGGCGAUUUUUCUCCUUCUGGCAGAUGUGAUCGAACGAAUGACAUAGAAUUGUUUACUUCUGAAAAACGACUCUAUACUUUUGUGUGCGAGUUUACUCAUUUGCAUCCGUCAGAAACACAACAUCGCCGACAAAAUUGCCAGUGUAAACCAGGCUUUACUGCAAUAGUACGAAAUGUCGUGAAAACCAACAGCGACCGUAGCGAAGAGGCUAAGCAGGAGGGGGGGGGUGGAAUUUUUCGGUAAUAUUUUCGUAAAUUUAUCAAAAAUUUUGCUGUAACUAUUACUUUUUAAUCCCAGCAACUCAAAUAUUCUCGCUGACUACGAAAAAGAAUUUGCCGAUAAAUCCGUUAUUUUGCUGAAAACAUGUUUUCAGGGGUGUCGCACUCCACACCACACCCCCUUCUAUAGCGACGGCCGUGGAAAUAUGGCAUGCGUAAAGCCGGUUACAGACGAGCAAGUUUUCUAUGACAAGUUUUUAUGUGACAAGUUUUAUUUGCCAAGUGCACGUGUGUAUAUGCAACAAAUUUUAUAUGAUAAGUUUUCAUAUGACAAGUUUUAUUUGCUGGUGUGAAAGUGUCAACAAGUUUACUUUGACAAUUUAUUACUGGCCAGCUGGCCAAUCACAUCAAAUGCUCAGAUUACUUUGACAAGUUUUCUUUGUUGACCCAUACAGACGAACAAAAUUUGUACUUUGACAAUUUUUUCUAGCUAGCAUGCUAGCUUUUGAACAAGUGCACUUGUCAUAGAAAAAAUUGUCAAAGUUGCUCGGACAGACGAGCAAAUAAAACUUGUCACAUAAAAACUUGUCAUAGAAAACUUGCUCGUCUGUAACCGGCUUAACUUCAGAUAUAAAUUAUAUAUACAGUUUGGUUUUGACACCGACCAAAUGUUUGUGUAAUUGCAGCACAGAUAUUUUCUCCAUAGGGUCCACAAGGUCCGCGCGGUAUGCCGGGAUAUGUUGGACGUAAGGUAAUGCACAGUGUAAUUAUACUUAGUAAAGCGAAAAAAUAUUCAAACAGUUUAUUAUGUAACGUAAAAUAAAAUAAAGCAAUAUUUUGUGACGAUAAUAUGCGACGAAUGUCAGAGAGUAAAAAAAAUUCUACUUUUCACAACGAACGCGUUUACGAUAAAAUUGAUAAAAUUUAAAGAGCUCUGAGAUAUAUAGACAGAUUGUUUAAUUUUACAUCACAGCCCAAACUAGCUGAAUUGCGUAAAAUUUACAAAGCAUUUGAAUUAACUGUACAGUAUAGUUUAAUUUUCACACAUAUAUACAUGCAUAUACAAAUAUACAGAUACAUAUACAUUACGAACUUCAAGGUUAAAUUUUAUCCUAUGAUUAUGAAAACAAUUCAAUUUCUUUAAUACUUUUUGUGUGUGUUGUUGGUGUCAUGUACUCAAGUUUAUACGACGUUACUUUGUGGUGUUACUCUGAGUGUGCAGUCACACCAGGCAAGCUGAAACUUUUGCCUGACCACGGUGGGAAUCGAACCCGCAAUCUUUACUAGUCCAAUGCUCUGCCAACUGAGCUAGGAGGAGCAUUAGAUUAGUAUAUCUUUUCAACUUGCCCGGUGUGGAUGCACACUCAGAGUAACAUCACAAACAUCUAUUUCUUUAAAUUAUUUGACAUUGGUAAAAUAUAAGAAUUUAUUAUAAUCUAUUAUAAGCUCUAUUAUAAUCCAUUUAAUUUUCAUGACAGGGUGACCCAGGAGCUGAGGGGCCUAAAGGUUUUACUGGAACAACAGGAAAAAGGGUUCGUUUUUAACAUUUAUGAGUAUCAUCUGCGCUUUGUAAUGGGUUUAGAUGAAAUAUGAAAGACUGGUUUUAAUAUGGUCGUAAAGAUGGAGUCACGAUCGUUCUCAAUUCUCAUCAGUCCAAAUACAACAUUUUAGAACUGAAAAUACGCGCAGUGAUUAUAAGUAGAGAAUACUUAUGAUUUAUAUGUGGUUUACAGGUAUAAUUUUUUAUAAACUAGCUGUUGAUAAAGUAUGCCGGUGUUUUAUCUGUAAAAUAAUGCUAAAAUGACGAGAUUUUAGAUGGCAUUUGAUUAUAUAUCCACAUAUAAAUUUGAGGUGUAGAAAUAUUAAUCUUGUUUUAAUCUUAACGAGUUUUUUAUAACGCUUAUUUUUGUUUUUGGAUUGCGGAUUUUGCCCACCAAUAUUAAAAGCGGGGGGAACAAAAAGGGAAUUAGAAUUGUUUAAUAUUUAAUUCCUAUUUUAGGGGCGUGUUGGUCCAGUUGGCGAUCCUGGCCGAAAGGGAGUGAAGGUGGGUUUCGGUAAAAGAAAAAACACAUUACAUGAGAGACUGUUUCAUAUAUGAUGAUCUGGAAACUAGGCAGUUUUCAAGGCCACAAAAUAGAAGAGCUUUGUUUGAUGUUGAACUGUACCUCACCAUACACAAAUCCUUAGUCUCAAUUUCAUUAAAUAUUAUUCAUCGUGGUUGCACGUUUCAUCUCAGCUAUCCCUAUUGGACGGUUACUUCAUUAUACGAAAAUACAAUGAGCUCAAUCAAUUAGCUCAAAUGAGCUCAAAUUAACAUAAACUCAGACAAAGACAUAAUACAAUAAUUGUUCAUGACUUGCUAUACAGAUAUAAUAUAAAUAUUUAAGCAGAAGGCUGUAUUUUAUAUUUGGCAAGAAUCUGUGAAACAUUGCAGCAAUACAAGCAAUUGUGUAAUUUUUAAUUUAUAGGCUGAUCCUGGAAAACCCGGACCUGAUGGGGCGCCUGGAGAUCCCGGAAAACAGGUUGGCUUAUUUUUUCUUCUUUACUUGCUAUUUAGUUUGUCCGAGUUUAAAAACCGUCUGUAUUAUGAAAGAACCGACGUAUAGCUGUUUGUAUUACAUGCGGAAAUUGUUACCAUUUUGUUAUAUGGAUAUUUAGGGACCAUCAGGAUAUAUUGGACCUCCGGGAGUGAAAGGUGAACAGGUAGGAUAAAUGAAAUUGUCGAUGUAAUUCAAUAUAAAAAUGAUGUACGGGAAAAUUCACAGAUUUACUAUAUACAAUACAUAAUAUAAUAUAAUAUAAUAUAAUAUAGAUCCUUGUUAAAAUAACCAGAAUAUGUUAAAUGGACAUAAAUAUUUCUAUAGAUUAAACUGGAAUAUCACAAUACAAUACAAUACUUUAUUGACAACUCCCCGAGAGGGGGCUUUUCAGUGACAAUAUUUUAAUCAGGGUAUUUUAAUUAAGAGUAUGGUUACACAUUCUCGCCACUUUACUCGUGUUUUCUGUUGUUUUGACAGGGUACGAAAGGUGAACCAGGGGAAAGAGGUUCUCAAGGCCCCAUGGGAAACUCGGUAAGUCGCCUUAAGGAAUGACAUCGAAUUAUUUUAAAGCUUAUUAAGGGCUGCAUUACGGCAUGCAAAAGACAAGAUACAUCCAAACUAUUUCACAUGUAAUGUAUAAUAGAAUGUCGAUAUAUCUCUACUCUACAGUCAGUAAAGAUUGAUUUACAUACAGCACACAAAAAACAAGAUAGAUCCAUGCCCACUAUUUCACAUGUAAUGUAAUAGAGUGUCGAUAUAUCUACGAAGAUACAUACAUAUGGAAACUUAAAAUGUAGGAAAUUCCAUCAUUAUUUAGGGCAUUUCAGGAGAUGCGGGAAAGAGUGGCUUGCCUGGCGAUCCGGUAUGUUGAAGCGAGUGUAUAUACUAUAAAGAACGUAUAUCAUAUUUUUCUGGCCAAAUGAAACAACACGGCUAGCUAGUUUUGCUAACUUUUAAUUUUUUGUACACAGGGAUUUCGGGGAAAGGGUGGACAGAAAGGCAUCAAAGGAGUAACCGGUUCACGGGUACGUCAUUUUCACGUGCAUAUAUGGAUGCUAUAUGGAUGCAUAUAUGGAUGCUUAUGGAUGCAUAUAUGGAUGCAUAUGGAUGCAUAUGGAUGCAUAUAUGGAUGCUUAUGGAUGCAUAUGGAUGCUUAUAUGGAUGCUUAUAUGGAUGCAUAUGGAUGCAUAUAUGGAUGCUUAUAUGGAUGCAUAUGGAUGCAUAUAUGGAUGCAUAUGGAUGCAUAUGGAUGCUUAUAUGGAUGCAUAUAUGGAUGCAUAUGUAUGCAUAUGGAUGCUUAUAUGGAUGCAUAUGGAUGCAUAUAUGGAUGCAUAUGGAUGCAUAUAUGAUAUGGAUGAUAUGGAUGCAUAUAUGGAUGCAUAUGGAUGCAUAUAUGGAUGCUUAUGGAUGCAUAUGGAUGCAUUUUUGGAUGCAUAUGGAUGCAUAUAUGGAUGCUUAUGGAUGCAUAUGAUGAUAUAUGGAUGCAUAUAUGGAUAUGCAUAUAUUUUACAUGUAAACUUUACCAUUUAGGGACCGCCUGGUUUACCUGGGUUGAACGGCAGUCCUGGAAGAACCGGUAGUCAUGUAAGUUAACGUGUCUCUGUUAUGGAGUCAGUCAGUGGCGUAACAGAGCCUCCUGAGACCACCGUCAAAUUUUAAAGUUUUUUUCCCUAAAAAAGUUUUCCCCCCAAAAUUCAAAUUUUUAAAAAAAGGUGUUAAAAAAAAUGGACUAUGACAAGUAAUAAUAAAAAGUCACAGUUUUUCCUAUCUAUGUCUACCAAAAAGGGUCCACAUUUCAAAAUUUUACCAAUUCGUGCUUUUGGGGGCCACCCUUUGCAAGUUUUCUGACCCUUUAUAACUGAGGCUGGUUGUUAUAACAAGUUUGAACAAGCUGUUAACAACUUCAUGCUUGAUGGCAUUAUCAAACUUGCAGCAAAGGUGUUCUAACAAGCCUGAUACAAUCGUGAUAUAACAAAAAUGUUAAAAGGUUGACGACACAAGGUUGUAACAAUAUUGUUAUAUCAUGACUGUAUCGAACUUGUUGAAACAACCUUGCAACAAGUCUGAUAAUAUCAACAAGCUUGUUACAACAGUUAACAGUUUGUUUCAAACUUGUUGACAACUUGGGACAAGCAGUGCGACACACAACUUGUUGACGGCUUGUUGGCAGACUUGCUACAAGAUGUGAGAUUUUUGCAUGUGUAGGUCAUAACCCAGAGGUUAGAGGUGGGGUUGGGUGGGGGGAUCACAUGAAGGGUCACAUGAAGUCAACCUUGUCCAGUCGAAUUCAUUUUGAGGGGACUUAGUUCCUCUAAUGGUUGUUUUGUCAAUGUAGGGUCCUGAUGGCCUACCAGGCGCAAAUGGAAUGACAGGCUUGGAUGUAAGUAAAGGAAGCCAAAGCUUCAAUGGAGCGGUAGACCUUUCACGGACACCCUGCACACGUUAAAACGCACAAUUUGUAUCAAACCUGCAACAAUGCUGUUCCAAACAACUUGUCAACAGGAUGUGUUCUCACUGCUUGUUCCCAGCUUAUUGACAAGCUGCCAACGGCUUGUUGAAAACUUGCUACAAGGAUGUUGACAACCUUGCAGCAACUUGAUAGAAUAACAGCAUUGUUACAACUUUUUGACAAACUUCCUACAAGCUUGUUGCUUCACACGUAAGGACGCACAAGUUGUUACAGGUCUGCAAACAAGUUGUAACAAAUCUGUUCACAGGCUGUCGACAAGUUGUGUUCUCACUGCUUGUUCCCAGUUGUUGUAACAUGUUUGGACCAAGCUAUUAACAAUUUGUAACAAGCUUGGUGGCAUUAUCAGACUUGAUACAAAGUUGUUCUAACAAGUCUGAUACAGUCAUGAUAUAACAAGAAUGUUACAAGGUUGACGACACAAGGUUGUAACAAUAUUGUUAUAUCAUGACUGCAUCGGACUUGUUGGAACAACCUUGCUACAAGUCUGAUAAUAUCAACAAGGUUGUUACAAGCUGUUAACAGCUUAUUCCAAACUUGUUGACAAUUUGGGACAAGAAGUGCGAACACAACUUGUUGACAGCUACAAGACGUGAGACUUUUACGUGUGCAAUGUGCGUCUCGGCUUCAUAGACACACUGUAGGUCAGGCGGACGAGAAAUUUAAAUUAUUUUUUGUGUUCAUAGGGUGUGAAAGGUGAUCUGGGACUUCCUGGACCUCCGGGACUCAAAGGAAGCCGUGUAGGUAACUAUUACAUAUUGUUCACAAUUUAUAAUUUACAUUUACUAGAUAUUUUUGCACGAGGCCAGCACGUGAAUAACAUGUUCGUUGGAAAGGCUAAUUAGCCUUUCUCACGCCGCCAUUUUUGGGUGACUUUUCAGCCGAAGUCUGCAAGAUAAGUCCACGUAACAGCGACUUUUAAUAAUUUUUGGACGAAUGAUGGUAAAUUUGCUUUGUAAAUGAUUAGUUUAUUUUGAAAAAUUGCUUUUCACAUUGUUUUAAUUGUCUGCAUUGGUUAACGAGAAUUAGAUGCCACCCAAAAAUGGCGGAUAUUCGUCAUCGUCAGAAAGGCUAAUUGCCUUGAACGGUUAUAGCUUUUGUUUACGUUUUUAUCUUUUCAAUAGGGCUAUGAUGGGUUUGAUGGUUUUGCUGGCUUCCCUGGACUUCUGGUAAAUUUCUUGCUUGUUUGUUUGUUUGUUUGUUUGUUUGUUUGUUUGUUUGUUUGUUUGUUUUAACAACUUGUUAACAUUCGGCACUAGUACUACUGUCGUUGAGUUCGCUCAGUAGUAGUAUCGACAAGGUGAAACCAAGAAUAUUUGUUGGCAAUACAUUGAAAUGUUUCGUAUUGAAAAAAAUCAAUGAUUGAAACACCGGGUUACAUUUCGUGUUUUUCUUUUCUCAGGGAGCCCCAGGUCAAGCGGGUGAGAUGGGACUUCCAGGAUUAUCUGGGAUUGAGGUGAGGUCACGUUGUUCUCCUCAGGGACACUUUAGAUUAACAUAGAUUACCAACAAUGGUAACCUAGGCUGGGCAGAGGUGGAGGGGUUUUUGAAUGGCGCUAUAUAUUGCAUGAAAUUUAAUGCAAAAAAGUUUAAAGUAUGCAUGUGUUGACAUAUUUAGCAAUAAGUGAUCAUUGUUUAGCCAUUCAUGAUAUUUAUUUUAUUUCUUCCAGGGCUUACUCGGAAAUUCUGGACCUCCAGGUUCACCGGGGCCAGCUGGACCUAAGGUAAGUGCAUUGUCUCUCUUUAUGUGUUUAUAAGCUCAAUAUCGCCGUCCUAAAUAUGUUAAGAUUCUUCUCAUUCUCGAUUUUCUUCUCAUUCUCGAUUUGUUAACUUUGGGUAGGGUGAUGAGGGACCUCCGGGAACUCCAGGACCCGCGGCGACCACAAGUGGUGUUGGACCUCCGGUAAUCCACUUGUUUUGAUAAAAUCAUGUAGUAUACCUUAUUGACCCGCAGUGAUGUCGUAGGUACUAAUAAAGUAUUUGAUCAUGUCUGACCAAAACAGAAUUAUAUUGAACUCUGAGUCGCAUAUAGCCUUUUGUUGUUCUAUGUAAUAUAAAAUACUCGUUUUCUAGGGCUUACCUGGGCCUACCGGUGAUAAAGGGCAACCUGGAAAAGACGGUGAUGAAGUUAGUGUUGUGAAAACUCUUAUGUUAUAUUUUUAUGUUUGGGCAAUGAAUGUGUGAAAAUCCUCCAUAAAGCUCCAGGCAAACGUCAAUGAAAGUUGAUGAGAGUUGAGAAGCGAGAGUUUGCACGAGCGUUUCAUCAACUCUCAUGGCCUGGUCAAACGAGAAUUGAUGAGCGCUGACUGGAUAUUACUGACAGUUCUUAUCAAAAUUUGAACCAACCCAAAGUUGAUGACAGUUGACAAGCGAGAGUUUGCACGAGAGUUUCAUCAACUCUCAUGCCCCGGUCGAACGAGAACAAGAGUUGCGUGAGAGUUAACUGGAUAUUACCGUCAGUUCUCAUCAAAAUUUGAACCAACUCAAGUUGAUGCGAUCGAAUUUAAAAUUGGAAUUUUUCAUUGUAGGGUAUCCACCCCUAAAGAAACUGCCAGUCAUCAACUUAGGGACAGUGAACAAUGCGACUACUUUAGAAAAGAGGGUGCAUAAUGUUUACAAAAGAACGUUCCUCGAGUCACUGCAUUCAGUGUUGGCCAAUUGAUCUAUAAAUGAACAUGCACCAACAAUUCUCGCAAAUUUACAUACCGUUAGUGCAAUCAUGCAAAAAUAGUGAAGAAGGCUUGUACUUUUAAUGUUUUGCGAUCGCAAUAGCCUUAUCAAAAUUUGACGCAACGAAAAUGAGGGAGGCUUGCAUCGUCACACACUUUGAUCAAUUUGAAAAUGUACGUCAAAGAAGCUUUUGAAAGGUGAACUGAAGCGGAGCUUUCAGAAUGUCCCGGUGGAUAGCACUAGAUUCACCACCAGUUGCUUUGUUUGGUACUUGAAAUAUCACUUGAAAGCACUUGACGGAGGGCACAUCGAGCCGCGAGGGACUUGGUUUUAGUCUAUCAAAGUUUCGUUGGUUAAAAUAUUGUGUAUCAAACACACAAUUAAAAUCCAUUUAAAUUAAUGUUUGAUGACGUUGCUCUAAUGCGAGAAAGUUUCGAUAGUGCAUAGGAAACCUUUAGCAUGCCUUAAAAUAUCGGUCGGUCACGGACAUUGUCCGACCCAUUCGUGAAAUUGUCCGACGUAGAGAGGAAACCGCCGGACAUUCUGUCCGACCAAAGUGAAACUGAGGUUUAUUGUUUUCCGACCCAAGUGAACUGGUGUCCGACCGAACUGUAGCUUUGUCCGACGUAAAUCAAAAUGUACCCUAGCCCAGGACUAGAGGCUUGUAUGUUAAAUGGAAAAUCAGAGUACUAUUGUAUAAAAGGUGAACUGGAAUUGUUGUUUUAACGUAGUGAGCGCGGGGCGGCGAGCGAAAUGGUGAAGUGGAAAACGGGCUUAAGUUGUCGAAGUCUUUUUUAACACUGCUGCAUGUUCUGGCAAGCAAGUUAAUUUUGGCUUGGAAAUAAGUAUUACAUACAUGGUACAACAUUUACCGUUUAUUCAUUUGUGUCAUUCCUGAAGACUUAUUUCCGAGCUAAAACUGAACUGAAGGUCAUCGGACAUAUGUCCGACCCAAACUCAACGUCACCGGACAUUUUGUCAGACGGCCCUGGAAAAGAUAUUUUAAGGCCUGCUUUAUUAACAUAAUUUUGUUUAUGUUGUGGAUAAUUAGGGUGUUCGAGGACCCCGAGGAACAAAGGGUGUUAAUGGGAUAGUGGUAAGUAUCAGCAAGCAAGCAAGCCAUUGAAACUGAUUCGAAAAACGGAAAGUGAGAUCGCUACUUGACCAUGAAAAUGGACAAACUUUUACCAAUUUCUUGUACCGUAGGGUUCGCGAGGCCAAAAAGGAGAUCCCGGAACGCGCGGAAUAGCUGGUCCUAAGGUAUGAAUUUUAUAGCAGUGCCGUAACUACUAUGAGCUCGGACCUGUCGAACCUGGGGCCCCCAACCCCCAGGCUCAGGCUGUAGAGCAAAAUCAUUGGCCAGGGCCUCUGAUAUGUCACAAUGUCGUUUUCUGACCAUCAGAAUUCUGUAAAAUCUCACCCCAAAGUCGAGGAAAUGGCAUUUCAGAGAGUCUAAAUUCAAAAAAUUUCCGGGUGAGCAUGCCCUGGACCCCUGGAAAACUUGUGCAUAUACGGCGCUCAACUCGUGCCUUUGGCACUUCUACCAGGGGGACCUUCGAAAAUUUUGGACCGGGGACCCCUGAUAUAACGUUACGCCACUGUUUUAUAGAAGUAAAAUGAAAGAAGUGCUCAUUAGCAUGAACUGCAACUUCAAGGCAUAUUCACUUUUUAUUUUCGUUCUUCAGGGUAUAGGAGGUGAUGAAGGAGGUUCUGGUCUUGUUGGAUCUCAAGGAGCUCAGGUAUACUGCAUGUGUCGCUUCAAUAAUUACGAAAUAGAGCCGCUCAUAUUAUAAGUGGAUCAGAUUAUAACAUUUAAAAAGUCUGGUACCAAAAUCACAAUUCACAAGAGUUGUUUAGUAGCAAGUGGCAAGCAUGCAAUCACGCCCAUAUAACGUAAUUGUCAUAUUAAAUAAUGACCAUUAAAUAAAACUUAAGCUAAAGUUAGCAAUAUAACAAGCAAUAUAUGAUUCUGUACAAUGCUUGCCAAUGAUGCCACAACAUACGCAUUUUAUACAAUCUGUUUUGUUCUGUGUUGGAUUCCUCACAACUCUGCUGAUAAAAAAUGUUAAACAAUAAGAAUUUAUGGUUAUAAUAACAUGCAUGACUAAUGAUGUCAGUCAAAUGGCACAACUCAGGACUCUUUAUUCAUUUCAUCAAGUGACCCAUGUUCUGAAAGAUUCGCAUAAUUUACAGCCUUAAACGGAUAUCGAAACCCCUUUACAGCCAUUGAAAAUUCCAUAUUUCGUGAAUAUUUUCUCGAUCACACAAAAUACUGUCUGCUCUAGAUUGGUCCAAAUUGAACAUCUUAGAGCGCUAAUGUUUAAAACAGUUGCUGCCAGAAUACCCUUAGAAUAGAUUUGCGUCUGUAAACUCGGUUCAUAAUUACGGUCUAAGAGGCUCUGACCCUUUGUCCCUAGACAGCGCUUAUCGAGGUGUUGUACUGUGGAAUAGCCUACCUGUGCAGGCAGUUAAUGCUAAAACUAUUUCAGAAUUGCACCCUGAUAGUAUUUCGUUUUAUUUUUAGGGACAAAAUGGAGCGAGAGGACCGCCGGGUGCGAAGGGGAUACCUGGGGAAACGGUAGGCACUGUAAAGACUGUUCAAAUAAACAGAGAAGUGAAAUUACAGGGUGUAUAAAAACGAGACUUUUAGAAAUCAAGCUAUUGUUGUUAAGCACAAGAUUUUAUGCUCCUGGGAAUUUAAAAUAGAUUUUAAUCGUAUUUAGGAGUAGAUAUCAUGGUUUGCUUGUGAGAUUUUUCAAUAAUUCAUUUCAUUUUUAGGGCGACAUGGGAUCGAAGGGUAAUCGAGAAAAAGACGGACAACCAGGAGCGGACGUAGGUUUAAAAAUCUUUUUCAAUGGAAAAGAACAAGUGAACAUUUUUAAACAUUUCGUUUUAUACAUUUUUGUUUUUUUAGGGAUUACCAGGACCACCUGGAAACCGAGGAAGAGACGGAGACACAGGGGAUAAGGUAGGGUAGUUAUUCUCACUACAAAAAAAUCGCGGACUAUUUUGACUCAAAAAUGACACUAGUCCUUCAUACUAAAGCAGCAAGCGAAAACUUGUCCAAUAUUAAAUAUCGUUGCUGUGAACGGAUGAGCUUCAAAUCAGUAUAUCAAUAAUUUUUUAGGGUGAUCCGGGUACAUCAGGGGAAUUAGGGAGACCUGGCAGACCUGGAGCACAGGUAAUUUAGGGACAUAAUGGGAUCGAAUCGCGUAACUUAUCGACUAACACGAUAUUAUAUUUUCUUUUCUUAGGGGAACAUAGGAGCUCCGGGAACAUCUGGACCUCAGGGAUAUCCAGGAACAAUGGUAGGAUAUUUUUCUAUUUGUCCUUUGCAAAAUAUGUACAUAAUAGCUACAAUAAAGCUCGGUAUACAGAGGAAGUUUACUUUCUUGUGUGUACGGUCAAAAAGUUUUCCUUGACAAGUUUUGUGCACGGAAUGUUGUUAAACAUUUAUCUCACGUCAAGGCUUCCUUUUGUUUGCCAAAACCAUAAAAGUAUUUCUUGUAAACUUGUCAAGUUUUUCUUGUCUACGUCACUAGCUUUGGAACAAGGCUCCUAAUUGGCAAGGCGAAUAAAACUUAGCACGCUCUGUCUGAAUGCGCUAUGGUUUCUAAUAGAUCACUGCUACAAAGAUAAUUUACUUAUUUGGAGUAAUAUUUUGAAUCUUCUAGGGUCCUCCUGGAUCACCAGGGAUACGCGGGAAAACUGGAGUGUCGGGCGAAAAGGUAAGUAAUUUAGCCCCAGUAAUUUCUAUGCAUAUCUGGAGCAACAGCUCGUGGUUAACAUAAGGUUGCAAGCAGCCUACCAAAAUUUCAUUUUUCUAAUUCGAUUUAAAUUCGGUAUAUGUUACGAGUCUCGCCUUCGGCCCGAUUGAUAACACUUUAUACAUCGAUUUUGACAACUACGGAUAUCACAAAAAUCUCAUCCAAUAACUGUUUAUUAAAGUGCGACUAACCACAAAUCAAAUGUUUUGGCUUAUUCGAACAAAAAUGCAAUACAUCUUUAUAAUAAAAAAUCCCAUCAUGAUCAACUUGUUCACUGCCAAAGUUUGCGGAUAUGAUGUCAUUAGGUGAAUUGCAAAUUAGUUUUUCGUUGUUUUUUGUACCGAAAAUUCACCUGAUGACCUCAUAUCCGGAAACUUUGGCAGUUAAAAAGUUGACCAAGAUGAGGUUUUUUACUAUAAAGAUACAUUACGUUUCUAAUUGUCAGAGUGACCCCAGUAUUACCAUGGAUUGUAAAAUAACUGGAUAGGAAACUUCUGACGUCAUUGACUGCAUCCUUGUUGAAAAACGUGACGCCACGCGUAUUGCGAAUGUUACCAAAGUUCUCGGCAUUUUUGUUGUUUUGCUAUAUUUUCCACUUUAAAAGGGUGAUCUUGAAGCGUAAACUGGUCUAAUUGUUUUAAAAACAUGCCUAAGCCACGACAAAGUAUUCAAGGUAAAUGUUUUUCGUCUUUGUUUUGUAUUUUUUUACAUUUGUAGCUACGAAAUUGGCGUCACAAACUUUAACGAAAUUUGCGAUGUAUUUUUCACUGUUUAGUGCUUGAAAUAUUUGCUAAAAUUGACUUGGAAUACUUAGAGUUUUCAUCGUAGAAUGGCGUGGUUACAUUUAUUUGCUCUUUGACUAAAAUGUUUAGCUGUAUUAUUGCUAAACAUGCCGUUUUUGAGAAUUUGAUUUUCAACUAGGUUGAGGCAUCCAACCACGCCAUCAAUCCCAGUAAAAACAUUAGGUCACGUCAGCUAGUUUCCUAUCCAUUUAUUUUAUUAUCCAUGGUAUUACACAAACCAAAAAUUAUAUUUGGGGUUGGUCGCACUUUUACAAACGUGGAGCUGUGUGUGUUUAAAUACACAUCAAUUGAAUGAAAUAUAUACUUGACGUUUACUGAUCGUUCUCUGCUUCUGUAACAGGGCGACAGAGGGCCACAGGGAGCUGCUGGUAAUCCUGGACAGCCUGGAAUUCGGGUGAGUGAAAACAUCGCGUGUCUUGUGUAGGAAAUGGUCGGCCCGCGGUCGGGUGUAUUAUUGUUUUGUUUAUUGUUUAUCGAGUUUCUCACCCAUUGGUGAGCGGAUUUCCCAACAGCUAUUGCCUAAUUAAUAGGGGAUCCGAGGUAGCUACGAUUUUAACGUCCUUAUCCGCGAGAAGACGCGAAAGUCGAACCAUUUACUGUGUAAAGGUAGCACUUUCUCCUCAAUUAUUUUAAGACCUUGAGUAGAGGUCCGACCAAGGAUUAAACCCGGCUCUCCCGGCUUGAAAUACAAGCGUGCUGACCACAACUCCACAAGAACUGGAUAAACUGUUGGCAUCUUAUUUGAAUGCCUGAGCACUAUGCUAAACCCACUGAUGCGUAAAAUAUUGACAUGCAGGGUGCAUAUACAGUUAAAAAAGGAGACCUUUAUAGAUAUUAAAAUAUCCUUGUUGAACACAAGAUAUUCUGCUCCUGGAGGGAAUUUAGAACUAUAGCAUAAAGGAGAAUAACUACACAAAAUAGUCAACAAUUACAAAUUAAGUUCUUUGUACGUUUGCAUGGCGAUAAAACAUAUAAUAGUUUUGUUUGUGGAAACACCACGUAAAUUUAUUACUGCAAAUUGAUAGCGGGGAAAGUUGACAGCGAGGGAAAUUGAAUUUUUUUCCGCGGGGGAAAUUGACAGCCCAAUACACUUUGGGGCUGUCAAUUUCCCGUUUGUAAUAGAAAAUGACUGAAAAAUGGCAAACUUCGCAAGGCUAUAUUAUCCACAUUUUACAGCAUUUCGCAACGAAACUUUAGUCAGAAUAUUACUAAUUUAACUUAUGAUGCUCUUUCAAGCUGUGGUGAAAUUUCUGUCUAGACUUGUUUAGAUCAAAAUUUAGUCUAUAAUGCAAAUGGUCCAUUAGACGCAAACUCAAAUUAUCGAUAAAAUUUCAUCCCUUGCUUUUGCAGGCUAUAUUAAUAAUUAGGUGUGCAUGUAUAACCUCCAGGACACAGCUAUUGUAAUUUUGCGAUACCAUAUAUAUAUUCCUAGGUAGUCGCAUCUUUCACGGAGGCGCGUACACUGUGGUUUUGUAACAACUUUAUGUUUAAAUUGUAGGGAUCGGCCGGUACAUCUGGCGUGAAAGGAGAGAAAGGCCCCGUUGGAGAGAUGGUACGUUUGAUUUAAAUCUAGAAAUCGAUCUGAAAUGCUAUAAAGUUUUACACUCGACAUUUUCAUCUGCAAAAUCUAUCAAGUGAGAUGCCCAUAGAAUAUUGAUGCGUUCAGCUAAAACUUGACAACAGAACUAUGAUCAAAGGCCCAUUUCCAUUCAAGAAAAAUUUCCAUGGACAGAAAAUGUUCCGAAAAUAAAAUUUUGAGCGCAUGUUACGUAACAUACAAAAGUUUCUCCUUUUACAGUAAGUAUUUAGUAUUUCUUGAUCUUAAUACAGAGUUUUUUUUAGGGUGACGGAGCGCCAAUUUCGCUGAAAGGCACCCAGGGUUCCAAAGGGAAAAAGGUAGCGUUUAAUGGACGGUCAGAGAUUCUCUUAUUGGUGUCGGCUUGUAUAUAUCGUCCUCUACAGUAUAUUCAUUUGUAUUUUUUAGGGAUUAAAGGGUGACAUCGGACCUCCGGGCGAAGCUGGUUUAGAUGGUGAACAAGUAGGGCUUUUAUAGAAUAUUUUCCUAAAACUGAAUCAGUUGGGUUAAAAAUAUAGGAUACAAUUAGUUGAUUUGUAAUCCAGUUUUCAAGUUUAAUUUUUAUUCAUUGAAAAAGACAGCUUGACGUUUCGAGCGAAGGCCCUUUGUCGUACCAUCAUAGUCUAUCAAGAUAUGAUUGUCUGGGAGCUAAACAGAGUCAUUGUUUAUUUUGUGUGUGUUGGUGUUAUGUACUCAGGUGAAUAUGUUUGUGAUGUUACUCUGAGUGUGCAUCCACACCGGGCAAGCUGAACGCAAGCUUGGCCACGGUGGGAAUCGAACCCGCGACCUUUGGGAUACUAGUCCAAUGCUCAUUGUAUUAUGUUUUUAUCUGAGUUUAUGUUAGUUUGUACACGUUCACCAGGACUGCAAAUUACUGUCGGACAUCGGACAAUGUCCGACUAAAUUUGGCAAAUGUCUUAGCAAAAGUAAUUUUGAUCGGACAUUGGUCCGAUCACAAAACAAAAUUGUCACAUUAUACAUUUUUUUGCUGUGACAAUUAAAAUCCGAUUGCAAAUUCACCCAAUUUGCAUUUUGCAGUAAAAUUUACCAGACAUUCUAGCAUUUUACUUAACGUUGCGCCAGAACGGCUAUACAUACUUGUCUCGUGACUUAUAUUAUAUCUUGUGACGUAUAUAUGUCCGAUCAAAUGAAGCGAUGUUGGUUUUUGUCCGACCAAAUUCAAGUUAUGUCCGACCAAAAUUGAAAGUGAUCGGACAAAUGUCCUGUCAAGUCAAAUAUUUAUUUGCAGCACUGCGUUCACGGUGAUUGAGCUCAUUGUAUUUUCGUAUGAUGAAGUAGUAAUCGUCCAGUAGGGAUAGCUGAAAUGAAACGUGCAACCACGAUGAAUAAUAUUUAAUGAAGUUGAGACAAAGGAUUUGUGCAUGUCUUGUCUUGUCUUGUCUUGUCUUGUCUUGUCUUGUCUUGUCUUGUCUUGUCUUGUCUUGUCUUGUCUUGUCUUGCCUUAUAUAUUUAUUUAUUUAUGUUCUGUCUGCCAGGGUGAUGAAGGUGAGAUUGGAGGAAAAGGAGAAGAAGGGAUAGCAGGCGAGCCAGUAAGUAAUUGGUUGACUAUCACGAGACGUGCUUGAAAUAUAAUGCUGUCAGAAUGCUCGAUCAAGGAAGAGAAGAACAUUCAGGUACGUUAUGUACUGAGCAAAUACGAUUGUUAUAAUUUCAAAUAUGUUUUCUAGGGAGAACCAGGCGAGACGGGAAUGAAAGGAUAUGUUGGAGAAACAGGCUCGGACGUAAGUUAAUAUAUUCAUUUUCUGCUCAACACUUUGAUGUUCAUGAGGAAACUGAGACGAAAUGUUUAAUAUAUAAAGCAAAGUUAAGAUACCCCCCCCCCCCCCCCAGAGGGCCAGGAAAGAUGAUUGGAAAGUAGUAGUUCGAAACAAAGGAGUUUGAAGGACAACAGUAACAAGCUGGCCGAGUCUAGUACGGCCAUGUCCAAAGGGAGGCACAUAAUUGUUAAUUUUAACAUUAAUAAUUAUUGUUAGGUCUUAAUAAAUGUAUAAAAUUUACCCUUCAAAUUUCAACCUACAAAUUCCGUCAACUUGGCUAUCAUCCAUGUUUGUUUCUACAGGGAGUUCCUGGCGCAAAAGGCGAAAGCAAUAACGUGGCUGGACCGCAGGGAUUGCCUGUAAGGAAUAUGGAUAAUUCUAACACACUACAUUCGACGACCUGUCGUGUUUCCCCAACAAGAGUAAAUAUUUUCAAUUUAUUCGUUCCAGGGUAUAGAUGGUCCACCCGGGCCGCCUGGCGAUGCCGCAGGGGCUGACCUGACUGCACUCAAAGGCGAAAAGGUUUGUUCAAAAUUUCUUGUUUCGUGUGAAGAUAUUAAGAGGCGAUUUUUUUCAGUGUCACGUAUUUGCUAUGAAAAGUGUUUAAAAAACCUAAAAUCUUUUUGGCAUUCCUCUCAAAAUUACUUUGUUUUAACUUUAUUUUGUAGUUUAACCUCUCCAUCAAUGGUUUUUGAAUGGUUUUUAAAAAUUGACCAUGUAUACUAUCAAUGUAAAAACUAUUAUUGGUUAAUAUAGAUUGGAAAAAAACCAUGAUAUUUUUAAAAUAUUUGCCAUUAGUGGUAUUUUCCUGUGGACAGCAAAAAAAAUAAAAUACCAAGUAAAUAUUAAACAUCAUAGUUUUUACUAAUUUUACCCAUAAGAAUUAGGUUUUUUCAUUCAAAAAGCCAUUAAUGGAGUUCAAUUUUUUUUCCUGUGAUUAUUUUACUCUGUGUAACGCCAGGAGACUUUACUCAUCAACGGGGAGAGAGCCCGUGCACAUCAUUGGGUUAACAUCAAUUUCUUUCCAAUUCUCUCAUUCUGGAUUAUUUCGUGUUAAUGUGUGUUUCUUUUUACAUUUUAGGGCGAUACGGGACCUACAGGCCCGGCAGGGAUAUCGGGGACACCUGGACCACCGGUAUAUAUUUAUGGUAACUUCUUCGAGAUAUUGAGGGAUAGCUUGCAACUGAUCUUGCAUUUCUACGUUUAAACAGACUUGUUAAAAAAUAUGCACGAAACUUCAAUAUAAGAACUUAAAUUAUAUUUUUUCGGAAAUAUACGUUUCUGCACCCUCUCUAAAUCCCCGUGCAUUCCUUUUUGAUCAUUGCAAAAGAUAAUGUUAAAGAAACAAUCACCCAGCCAUUUUUAUUUUUUAUAUUUAUUUCUGUUUAGGGUCCACCGGGUCCCAAGGGAGUGCUUGGGGGAGAUGGCGAACAGGUACUGUAACAAAAUCAUAGACCAAGCCGGUCUAUCGGCAAAUUGAGUGCAUGGUCGAAUUUUGAAGGGAGGUGGGCACCUCCCGUGAGGUCGUUUUGCACCUCCCAUGAGAAUUUUUGCACUUCUCCUGAAAAGUCAUGCACCUCUCCUUGGGAAAGUUUCAAUGAUAGAUGAGAGUAAAAAUUUGACAUUUUUUGGUUACUUAGUGUCUACACUUCGUAAGAGCAUUUUUCUGUAAAGUUGAAACAGUGAUAGCCAUUCAUCUCUGUGUUAAGUACCCUUUUAAUGCAAUGUUUUGAAAGAAACUUUGUGGCCAUUGUAAUAAAGGGCAAAAUUGGAUGAGUUGUACAAGCCAUAAUUCAUUAAUACACUGAUACAUAUGUACACUACAUACAUACGUUACGUCGUUGACUUUGGCCCGUUCUAAGCCCUAACUUUCCGUGGGGGUCGUAAUUUAGUAUGGAAAAUAUAAUUUUGUAUUUGAGUCAAACCUUUUUUACAGUGCCUUCUAUUAUUUGACUCUGUCAGAUGGUUCGACUUGUCAGUGGGAGAAUUCUGAUACUAAAUUCUAUCUUUUUAAGGGUGAUGAGGGUGAACAAGGAAAUCAAGGGUCGCCUGGUGAUCCAGGGUUGAAGGUAUAGGGUAACAUAAUACAUAAUUGCAAUAUACUGGGUGCCCCCCUUGGUUCUGCUAGACCAAUUUUAAUAAUCUUGGUUUCAAAAUUCAUCUCUUGGAAUUUUUGAUUCCCACUAGUACUUAGCUGUGUAAAAAUCUAGAACACGGCUGUUGCAUUUCUUGGAACAACCUGUGUAAUACUAAGUAUAAAAUAUUGAUAACACUUAUAGCUAACAUGUUUUCCUAAUUAUAAUACUGACAUUCCGAACUGGCUUUGUAGGGAUAUCCCGGAGAAAGAGGUUCUCCUGGUCCCGCUGGUGACGAUGGCGAAAAGGUGAGUAUAUGUAAAUAUAUACAGCAUUAGCGUACGUAUCAUAUAUAUAAACUCGAGGCGAAGACAAGUGGUUGUAUGUUUGAUACAACGCUGCCGCGAAUGCGGUAUAUAGCUUGUGAAACGUAAAGAUUUCAACAUUUGUGUUUUAUGAAAUUAUUAAAAAAAAAGUGAUUUUAACUUUUGAGAAUCAGGCAAAAUUCCAAAUUCAAAGUGUGCGCUUUACAACAUCGAAAACCUGUGGUAGCUAGUCUAACAAAUCCUUGGCUAUAUUUCUUGAUGAAUACAAUCUACAGGCAUGUCACAAUAUUUGCAGGGCUUUUACAGUAGAUGACGAUCUUAAAGACCGUAUUUCUGAUUGUGGCUUGAACAACAAUUUAAUAUGUUAUUGACUUGUUCUUUACUUUAAAUUUGUCGACCCAUGCACUAAUCUUUCAAAUGUUUCAUUUUAUUAGGGGGAGCAAGGUGUCCCAGGACCACUCGGCAUAGGUGGUCCAGGAUUGAAGGUAAUACCAUUGUCCAUCCAAUAUCUCGUCUCGGCGGGAGGACAUUAUGUAAACAUGACGUCAAUGCAAUGAAAUAUUUUUUGUUCUACUUAAACAAACAACUUGUAUUACGACUUCUAUAGUGUCUAUUUUAAUGUUUAAUAUUUGUUUGUAUUUUCGAACUAUGCCGUUCAAUAUAUAGGCUAUUAUAGCUCAAAAUGGCCAUCCCUUUCAAGUUGUGCGCGGGCUUUCGGUGGCGCAAUCGUCAAAGCAAGCAUGUUUCAACUCUGCGAUCGUGGAUUCGAUUCUUGCUACGUGCUCAUGUGAAACGAACAAGCUUUCCUUGGUAGGGAUGCAAAACCUGAAAAAUAUAAGUAGAAUUUCGACGUUUCGAGCGAAGGCCCUUCGUUGAAGGCCCAAAUUGAAUUCUAUAUGCUACCCAGUAUAGCAAGUGACCUAUUGUCACUAAUACACUUUAAUAUAAAAAAUCCUAGUUAAAAUUUUAGUAAUCUUGUUGUUUUUUUUUCUAGGGUAUAAAAGGUGAUCAAGGUGAUGCUGGCCCUAUCGGUGCAAGUGGCGAAACAGUAAGUCCACAUGAAAUAAAUUCCUCAAAAUCUAUUCUACUUCUGAGAAAAUUUGACGAGGUUCGAUUGACAAAUUUUGACCUUCUCUUAGGGCGAUAAAGGAAGCGAUGGACCUCCCGGAAAUAUCGGUGCACAAGGGGAACCUGUAAGUUUUAUGUACUAUUUAAAUGCCGUUCAUUUACUAUUUAAAUGGCGUUCAUUUACUAUUUAAAUGGCGUUCGUUACAAGUUCUUUUUCGAAGUAAUUUUAAAAAUAAACAUUGUCUAAGCCGAGAAAAUCAAAGCUGAAGUUUAUGUAAAUCAGGACAGAUCUUUAUCCGAUUUACAAACAUUGCCGUUAAACAUUCAUUUCUUUUGUAUUUUUCUUGUGAAUUAUUAAUGAGUUUUUUACGUACUAGUUUAAACAUGAGCAGCAGUGUUUUAUCAGAUAUAAAGAUACGACACAUAUCUUAUUAAUCAUGUUGCAUGAAUUUUCUUGACAAUGCGAUAAUAAAGAAAUGGUGUGAAAUUUUGUUACAUGAGCACUUUCAAUAUUUUUCUGCAUGGCGGUUUCCACACUAAGUCAUGGCAGCUUAAUGAUAGAAAUAUCACAUUUUAGGCCUAAUUUUGAAUAACAUUUUAAAUCACAUUCGUUCUGAAUUGCAUAUUAUUGACUAUUUUAUUUUUCUCUUUUCUAGGGAGGUCUUGGAGCACAGGUGUGACAUUCAAUGUUUCUGUUUUACACUAGACUCGGUACAACCUCAUACCCAGGGUCUUAUCUAGGGGUACGGGGCAGAAUAGGGGGGGGGGGGGUGGAGCUCUCCUCGAUUGGAGGUGUUAUGGUCUGAGCCCCCUUGUUAAUUGUUAAAAAUUCUAUGUCGAUUUGGGAGCAGACCUCUCAAUAUUUUUCCAGAUUGCAUAAUCAUAACUUGGAAAGUUCUUUGCAACAGUAGUGUUGAAAUGAUGCGGUAAUGAUGUUAGUAAUCUGUACUUGAUUACUAUGAUCAUAUUAUUAGGUCAUGUAUGUGGCUCUAACAUAAAUAGCUUCGGUAUAUCGUAAUAUUUUAUUUGAAGUUAAGUCCCUUCGUCAAAAAACACUAACUGAAGAAUUACUAGAACCAAAAAUAAACUUUCCAUGUUUAUCAUGUUACACCCUUCACGCCCCACCCCGCCCCAACGUCUUGUCACCCUACCCCCACCCUCCUUUGAACCCCCACCCUUACUUGCAACAGGAGUGGAGACAAGACCGUAUAGAUACCAGCCUAGUCUCACUCCCUAGUCUUAAUUAGCAAACAAAGACAUACCUUGAUAGUUAAAACUAUUCUUUGCACGUUGUUUGCUUGACACUAAAAAUCAAUUGCAUUUUUUGUUUCAUUCUUAGGGUAUGAAAGGGGCACAGGUAUGAUUUUUUAGUUAUAUUUGCUUCAAGCUAUACCGUACCAUCAUUGCAUAUGAUAUAAAAAAGCAUUAUCGGUAAUGUAACAUCAAUAAAUGCUGUGUUGGCGCUGUUCUUAAAAUUCAUAUAUUUUUAUUUUUAGGGUCCUCAGGGCGAAAAGGUAUCUCUCAUAAUUUUAUUUACUUCACGUGUACUGGAUUUUGUUUAAAGUUGAACAUUAUGGCUGUUUGUGGUUGCAAUAUCAAUCGCUUGAAAUUUAUCAUAUAGUUGAAUAAUAUAGUUAAUUUAUAUAUUCACUUUUUACUCAACAGGGAGACGAAGGAAUUCCAGUAAGUAUUCUUAACCUUUCAGUAUUAAACCUGUACUACAUAUUUAUACACGUAUUUAUAUUAUGACGCCAUAUUUAUACAGCAAUAUAACUAGCAAAACUUACUGAACUUCAGACAUAAUUUUUUCUUUGGCAUACCAUCUAAAAUCUCUUCAUUUUAGCAUAAUUUUACAGAGAAAGCACUAAACAUACUUUUUAAUAUAGUCACAAUCAAGUAGAAAAGUACAGUAUAUCCAAUAUAGAGUGGCGCCAAUUGGCCCAAUUUUCUUCUAAUGCUCAAUUUUAUUGUUUUUAAGGGUCCGCCCGGUCCACCUGGUACGCAGGUAAAGUCUUUUAUUAAACGUCCAUGUCUUCGCCAUCUUCAGAUUCUCGCAAUUCAACUUAACUCUAAGCUGCAAGUAACGAUGAUAUUAGCAUACCCCACUUACUUGCUUGUUUGCUUUCGUAAAAAAAACCCUCGACGUGAAUCGUAUUUGAUCUUGGAAGCUCCUUGUUUUCCACGUUUUUCAUUCUCCUCACCAGAGAUCUACCAUUCUUUUUCUAGGGUCUAGGUGUGAAUGAGAGCUACCUUAAUUACAGUAGCGGCGAAGGCCCGCCACCAAUUGUAAGUCAAGUUUUGAUAUUGUCAUAUCGUUAUUACGCCUAGAUGAGCUUGCCCUAAGAUGUGCAAAAGGAAUUUAGAAAUCAAUCUGGACAAAAUAUUUACUAGCAAAUUUUGUUUCCCAUCCCAAGGUCUUAGACAUAAUUCACUCGAAACUGGAGGAAGCCCAGGAAGAAUACGAGAGAUUACGUCACGCCACUGGAGAACAAGACAGACCCGCCAGGAGUUGUAGAGAUCUUAUGACGUACUCACAGAACACUAAUUUGACCAAUGGUGAAGAUUUGUUUUGUACUAGAUGGACUUAUCGAUAUUGUUGUUCUUUGAGAGGUUCAGUAAAGAUCAUCCUUAUUGAUCCAGUAUUACUACAGGAUGAAACCUAAACUAAACUAACUUUAUUUAUACUAGAUAGCUCUAUCAGUUCUAAACUGUUCUCCCUAGAGGUCCAGUAAGAAUCAUCUAUUAUUUAUCCUGUGUUACCACAGGUGGAAACCUAUAAACUAAACUAACUUCAUUUAUACUGAAUAAUUCUAUCAGUUCUAAACUGUUCUUCCUAGAGGUUCAGUCAGGAUCUCUCUUAUUGACCCAGUGUUACUAUAGGAGGAAAUCUAAACUGCACCAACUUCAUUCAUACUGGAUAGCUCUAUCAGUUGUCAACAAAUGAAAAAGUUCAAAAUGUUUGGUUUUCAAUUUUUAAGGUAUAUAUUGGAUUGAUCCCAAUCAAGGUUCUGUCGAAGAUGCCUUUGCCGUGUUUUGUGGUUUUGAUAAGGAUGGUGAAACAUGUGUGUAUUCUGUCAACAAGACAGUAAGUGCAAAUCUCUGAUCACUCUGUCUCGUAUCCAGUGUACGUUCUUGAUCUAUUUCUCGUUUUUGCAGAGUUCAAUUCAAUCUGGUGGAAACAACAUUAGUUUUAACGGAAGUCUCUACGAUCAAAACCACACGGAGUACAAAGUAAGGCACUUACUUUACCUUGAAGGAAUAUUUCCUACUUUUCUCCCUAUCUUCUUCUAUACCUAUCAACAGAUUGGAUAUCAAAAUUAAGGCUAAUUUCCACUCAGGAAAAUUAUCCGUGGAUUGGAACGGACAAUAACAUUUUUUCUUUGUGUCAAAGUCAUUAGUCCCAACCCAGAGCUCACAAGACAACGAAAAAUUUUCUUGUCCGUUCCAAUCCACGGAUAAUUUUCCUGAGUGGAAAUUAGCCUUUACUGUGUAUACUGUACAACUGUCUUGCUCUGACGCUCACGGGGGAAAUGUUUCAAACAGAAACUCUCCCAAUUUGGAAAAAAAAAUUUAAUAAAGUUUCAAAUUUACUUAUAAUUUGAUUUACUUUACCCGGAAACAAAAUUAGUAAAUUUUCCAGAAAUAUGAAUAAUUUUAUCCAAAUUUGUGAGCCAGUUCAUGUGGGUACAUUGUUCUACUGAAGUUUUGGAGUCAAAAUUUUUCCAGUGAAAUUAUUUUCUUCAUAAAACGUGUAUAAAAUGGAAUAGUUUUAGUAUGAUUGCGUUCUUGUUAGAAAUACUUAUGAAGUCUAAACAGGUCUACCAAACAGUCUUGAAACAACUCGUCCUCUAGCAUAGGAUUCCACUUUGUCGACAAUAUCUUGACCUCAUUAAUAUUCGGGCACGUGAGCAUGUACAAUCUACGCAUGCUCAUUCAAGUUUAGGUGUCAAUUUCCGAUCGGGACUGGACCGACAAGGGAUAGUCUCUACUAGAGAGAGCAGUUUCGGCAGAACUGAUUGAGGUCUCUUUGAUUAAGAGACGGCCAUGCUAGUAAAUUAUACUUGAAUAAAUGUGUGUUUAGAUUAUAAUUUUGCUCCGAUAUUUUCAGAUCAGAUACAGUGCGGAUAUUGGUCAGUUGAAAUUCCUGCAAGCUUUAACCAAGAUCACAUCACAGAGAGUGGAAUUCUCGUGCAAUAAUGCCACAAGCAACACCGAAUUAGACAAUGUUAUCAAAAUACUUGGGAUCAACGGCAAAGAAGUACCGCGGAAAUCUCGAUGGCCUCGACUUGAUAUUCGCACAGAUUGUAAGGUAAGGACUACCUGUUUAACACUAGAGAUAAGACCUAUCCCAAGUGUGUUCGCACUGCUUGUUCCAAGCUUGUUGACAAGUUGUCAAAGGCUUGUUGACAACUUGCUACAAGAUUGUUGUGCUCAACAGACUUGUUAAAAGUUGUUCCAACAACUUGUUAUCAUCCUGCAAUUCAACAAUUUGUCUACAACCUUGUAGCAACUUGAUAAAAUAACAGCAUUGUUACAACUUGUUGACAAGCUUGCUACAAGCCUGUUGUGAACACAUCUUGUUGACAAGUUGUAAGAUUUUUACGUGUGUGAGUUAGCUUCACCCUCUUGUAUAUAAAUUCGAAAAUAGUUCUUGUCUGGAUCAAUAUAGGAGUGUUCUUCUCUGACUUUUUGAAAUAAACAGCAGGUUGAAGUUUCAUCGAGGGUUAGCGCUAAUCCAGGUUUGGGCAACAGACCCAAUUUGAUACAGAUCUGGAAACAAGUUGUAACAAGGUUGUUGUCAAGCCGAUAUCAGGAUGUGUUCACACUGCUUGUUCCCAGUUGUUGUGACAAGUCUGGAACAAGUUGUCAUCACUUUGUUACAAUGUUGAUGACGGUAACAGACUUGUUGCAAGUUGUUCCAACAAGACCAAUACAGGCUGCCCGUAACAUCUCGUAACAAGAUGUUACGAGCUUCUUGUCACUGGAUUUUUUAAUGUGUUUUUUUUUUCAGGUGAAUUCAACCGAGUCGCAUGGUUUGGGCUCCCUUGAAGUGACAGUCAGAAGGUUUGAACUUCUUCCUAUUACCGAUUUCUUACUCUCGAGCUCAGACUCCUUAUAUGCGCGGUUAGAAGUCGGGCCGGUCUGUUUCAGAUGACACUCAUAUACUAAAUGAAAACGGUGUGUUGAAAAGUGGAAUGGAAGUUGUCAAAUUUCCAAAUGUUGAUAGCAGUAAAUUGUAGAAUUACAGUAUUGCAACAUAUUAGUUCUUUUUGUUUAUUUUGUUUAUUUUUUCGAUGUAGUAAUAUAUAUAUUAUAAGGUACAAUGUGAAGUAUAUCAUAUUCAUAACAGCAAGUAGGUGCUUUUAAUUUCUCGUUUGUUUAUUGGGAUGUUUAUUUAUUUAUACAACAUUUACGAUUCUUCAACCGAGUUCAACGGUGCUGCGAGCAUGCUUUUUUUACAGCGAGUCUUGCAAACAAGAUUGCGAAUAGCUGAUUGGCGGUGUAGGUUGCAAAUACAUCUUUGUAUGAUGAUCAAAUCUGUCUAUAUUCUUACAGUUAUUAAAUAUAAAUUCUGGCAGUACACAAGUUAUAUAGUUGGAGUUACAGUAGUCUCAUCGUCAGGAUAAAGUUUUAUGUUGAAAAUGUUUGCAUGAUAUAAAGUUAAAGGACAUUGGCAAUAAAAAAUUAGUUUGUCUCAUUCAAAAGAACUCUUAAAAUUAUAUGUUAAACUCUAUUACCGAUUUGUCAUAUCUUGCUUGUCGAAAUAUUUAGACCGAAAUUAAUGAGCUUUCCACCAUCUUGGACUGGUUCUUGACCGUAUUAACUAUGGUUUUGAUGACGUCAGGAGUUGGGUUAACCAUAUAACUACUCUAGAAUGACCGAGUAACAAUCCAAAAUUGUUUGAAAUGUUUUUAAUCAUUUCUAAAUUUCAGACAGCAACCAGAAACGAAGUUUUGGAUCCAUAUUGAUCGCUAACUCUCAAAAUAAAAAUUAGCGUGUCCCCUCUCUUGACGUGACAUGCAUAUCUUCAAUAAUCCAAGAUGGCGAACAGCUCACUUUUUUCUGUCGAAAUAUUUUGAAAACUAAGCAAGAUAUAAACAAUCUGUAGUAGAAUUUAAUAUAUAGUUUUAAGAGUCCUUUGGCAAAUGAACUAAACUAAUUUUGUAUUGCCAAUGUCCUUGAUUUAUAGUCCAGUGACUAUUCUUCGAUUCUUGUGUAGAAGUAGAAGCAGCGAUCCGUUUUAUCGAUGUAUGUACUUUUACAUCCAGGACAAGUAAAUUCCGGUAGGAGCUUUGAUAAGUAAUUAUUGUCCAUUGGUCAUCUCUUUCAUAGCUUAGUAAUGUGAUAUUCGGUAGAGUCAAACUCCGUGGAAUAAGAAAAUAUGAUAUGAUGAACCACAGAUGAACACUUCCUGUUAUUAUCUUGUGGUUUUUUCUCAGCAGUUGUAGGAAGUGAUGGAUAGAAUUACGCUGAAACAAGUUCAAACGUUUUGGCAUGGGCAGAAAUUGUUGACAUGUUGAAUGCAUGAUACAUGAGCUGUGUCUGUCCACACACUCACAAAUAUUAUUAAACAUGCUGUGAAUUGGUGAUAUUUAGAAACCAGAUGCGUCUUCAAAUAUAUUUCCGACGUAAAAUUUUCCAAGAACAAAAAUUAAAGUUAUUUGACGUUAUAUGUUUUGUUUUGUAGUCAGACUACAAGUUUUUUUGUCUUUUGAGUUUAUUAAGUUUUUCACUCAUCGGUGAGCGGAUUUCCCAACAAACUAUUGCACAAUUGAUAGGGGAUCCGAGGUACCUACGAUUUUAACGUCCUUAUCCGAGAAGACGCGAAAGUCUAACCAUUUACUGAUGUCAAUGUAAAGGUAGCACUUUCUCCUCAAUUAUAUUAAGACCUUGAGUAGAGGUCUGACCAAGGAUUAAACCCGCGGGUCUCGCAGCUUCAAAUGCAAGCGUGGUGACCACGUUUAUAUCACAGGUGCUGGUUACAAGGACGUACAAGUUACGCAGAACACUAUUGAAAGAGGGCAACUCGCAGAACCAUGCAACUGGCAAAAUCUUUUUUUAAUUCGGAAAUAAAAUACAAAACAAGUGAAACUCCAAAAAUCGAUAACAUUUUUAUUUAUCUACGUUUCGACUAUAUUUCAGUCAUCAUCAGGAUAAACUGUUAUAUUUCAGUCAUCAUAGUUUAUCCUGAUGAUGUCUGAUGACUUGUUUUGUAUUUUAUUAAAAUACUCAGUGGUUCUAAAAAUUUUUGGUUUACUUUCCAAAUACUUAAUAGAAAAAUACAAAACAUAUAUCUUCACUGCAAGUUUCGAGGAGUUGAAUCAAUCGUUCUUGGUUAAUUCAUCGCCUUGAAAUUUACAGUUUGUUAGAAAAUAUUUCGAAAACAUAUUUCGAAAUAAAUCACUGGAUUGAUUGGAAUCGAAAAUGUACAUUUGCUUGUGAGGUCAUAUAUGCUUGCAUGCAUAACAUGUCACUUAUCACCGAGAUUUAUUGAGAGUGCCUUGACCUUCUUUCAUUACGUCAAUCGCUUCAGCACUUUGCUCAUCCUGUAUCACCAAAGGUAUAACAUGAUAUCAUUAUUCCUGCUGAGGCUAAACAACUUCCGCGCUUUGUCGAGUCAAUAUUACCCAUUGUAUUGCUAAGAUUUCUUGCAUACAGAAAUUGAUAGAGCGAACCGCAAGAUAUGAAGACGCUACGAGCCGUGGUCGGCUUGGCUUUGCUGCUGUGUUUGGACCGAUGUUACGCGUAAGUAUAUUAUGGCAUUUCGAUAAUAUUUUAGCAUCUCUAGACUGAAACGUUUGGUUCAAUUGCGUAUAAUACCGUUGUCUUUCACGAUCUGUCGUGCGCGCAAUUUUAAUACUCUAGUAGAACUAGCAAAUAGUUGUAUAAAAUAUACAUUUCAUACUGUUUGCAUAUUACCCGCAUCAUAAUAAACACAAUUUUGAAGAUUAUGGUCUUAGAGCGGAUUGGUUCAGUAUUUCAGUCGUGCGACGUGCGCCAAAUCAACAUUUGUUGCGCGAACGCAAAUUAACAUUAAUUGCGCGAAAUUAAGAUUAGUUGCGCAAAUUUAUGGUAUCAGCGCAAAAUGUGCUGAAAAUGCGCAAAAUGUGCGUGAAAUUAACAUUAUUUGCGCGAAAUUAGCAUUAGAUGCGCAAGUGGACAAAUCGCCAAAUUAGCUUAGGUGCGCAAAAUUUAGAAAAUUGCCUGGUUUAGUGUAUUUUCGCGCAAUGUACAAAUGUUCAUAUCGAUAACAUGCUCAGUCACACGCCAUUAUAAUGAGAUAUGGCAAAAAUCUUGCAUGGAGAAAGUGGGGGUUUAGUUGAACUCCGUAUUUGGAUCCAAAUUUUGGAUUUGAAUUUUCUAGUAGAAAUGAUAUCCGGUAGGCUCUUUCUAGAAUAAGAACUGAUUAACUGGAUGGCUUGGAGAUCGGUAGGAUUUCCAAAACAAUGAGAAGACAAUGGAAUGUCCCGAUCACAGGAUCUUGACCGGAGACACAUAGUUAUAUCAGGUCGUUUGCAAACACAUUUUUGCUAUCAAGUUAAAUCGUACGUUUUAGAUAUUCAUGAUAACGUUGUUCCGGUAGUUUUUUCGCAUUGUUUUCUUUGCCUUGCAAAAAUAAAAUAAACUUCAGAUAGAAAUAGUGCAACGAUCAAUCGAUAACCAGCAAAUCACGAGGACGGUGAUUGUACCAAGUCUUAUCAAGAACAUUUAAGUUGCUUCCAAUGGUUGAACCGUGUUGGGGAACUCUAAUUUCCUGUCGGGAAACAUUUUAUCUGCAGGAAGAAACCGUUUUCAUUUGUAACAACUAACAAGUGUGUUAUGUAAUGUUGUAAUAAGACAAUUGUAUUUUCUGCAACGUACUCUUAGGAAAUACCGUUUCCGAGACUCGGGUUCGGAACAGACAGAACGAGGGUCGACGGGUCGUUGCCACUGGUUAAACGUUUUUCCUGAUGGUUUCUUCAUAUGUACAGCCACAGGGCUGCCUCCAGUGUAGUUUCCUGAAUUUUACGCUCCGUUUGAAUGAAAACCAUUGAAAUGGCAAACGGGUUUUACUAACAAUAGAAUAUUGAAAAAACACAAAGACAAAAUGUCAGACGCCAACAGAAAUUCGAAACCUGACUUAGACUUUAAAAAUUAUCUCUUGCAGGGCGAAAUAUUUUAUAGCUGCUCCAAAUCUGCUUCGUGUGGGCGUCGAAGAAACAGUAUCAAUUUCUGUCUUCGAUGUGAAUGUUGACGUCGACAUUCAACUUUCGCUUCAAGACUUUCCAAACCGGAAGAGAACAUUCUCUCAAGUUAGAGGAACGUUUAGAAAACGUACGUAUUUUGCCCUUGAAAUUUGUUAAUACUUGUUGUGGUUUUAGUUUCGUUUCUGGACCAUUUGCUAAUUGUUUUUAUAUUGUAUUUUUCUUUAAUUAGAACAACCUGGACUUUUGAAAAUAAAGGUGGGUCGAAGAGCCAAUUGAUUGUAUUGCCGAUCUUUGCAAGGAAGCACUGGUUAAGGAGUCAGGAGUGGCCAUUUUGUUUUAGAGUUUCCAAACCCCCUAGAUUUUCUCCGGUAUAUCCGUUUCGCCCUGUAAUAGCACUUGGCCUACCUUGUUGCCUUGCUGGACUAGAGACUGUAGAGAGAACAGUUUAGAACUGAUAGAGCUGUUCAGUAUAAAUAAAGAUAUUUUAGGUUUCCUUUAUUAACACUGGAUCAAUAAGAGAUGAUCCUAACUGAACCUCUAGGGAGAGCAGUUUAGAACUGAUAGGGCUAUAAGUAAAUUUAGUUUAGUUUAGGUUUCCUCCUGUAGUAACACUUGUCUGGAUCAAUAAUUAAGAGAUGAUCCUUACUGGACCUCUAGGGAAAACAGUUUAAAAUUGAUAAUAAAAGCUAUCAAGUAUAAGCAAAUUUAGUUUAGUUUAGGUUUCUUCCUGUAGUACUGGAUCAAUAAGAGAUGAUCUUUACUUGACCUCUAGGGAGAGCAGUUUAGUUUAGGUUUCCUCCUGUAGUAACACUGGAUCAAUAAGAGAUGAUCCUUACUGGACCUCUAGGGAAAACAGUUUAAAACUGAUAAUAAAGGCUAUCAAGUAUAAAUAAAGUUAGUUUAGUUUAGGUUUCCUCCUGUAGUAACAUUGGAUCAGUAAUUAGAAAUGAUCCUCAUUGGACCUCUAGGGGGAACAGUUUAAAACUUAUAGAGUUAUCCAGUAUAAAUAAAGUUUGCAAGUGUUGGUUGUAUUUAUUGAAUUACAUAUUAUUUUCUUUGUAUACUUCCCUCAGGUGAACGCGAAAGACCUACAUGACCAGAAGUCUCUGGACAAACAAUAUGUUUAUCUCAAAGCAAGCUCAAGCUCGCCCGGAUUUCAGUUCAACAAUGAAAUCAAGGUUCUUGUCAGCUAUCAGAAUUCCAUGGUCUUUAUCCAAACUGACAAACCCAUCUACAACCCAGGCCAAACAGGUAUAAAUAGCAAUGAUGUACGGAGUCUCAUCAGGGCCUUUUUUAAGGAUUUUCCCGUGGGGGGGCAUUUUUUGAAAAGGGACCUUUCUGUGAGAUAAUAUAUUACAGGGAGAUAGCAAUGGCUGAAGGCCACGUGUGCGCCGAACAUACCAUGCACGCAUGAAUGAGGGGGGUGUACUCCCCCAGAAAAUUUUUGAAAUUUGAAGCACAGAAAUGCCAUUUCCUGCAUUCUGAGCAUCCAAAUGCGCUCCAAAAUGAAAUAAAAGAAGGAAAAACCCCACAAAAAGUUAAAAAAAAAUAUUAACCAUAAUUUAUCAUUACUUAUUAGAGGAGGAUCCCAAUGGUCACGUGUGUGGGGGUGUACUCCCUCAGAAAAUUUUUGAAAUUUGAAACACGGAAAUGCCAUUUCCUGCAUUCUGAGCAUCCAAAUUUGCUCUAAAAUUUAUGCUAACUAUACUUGUAUUUGAAAUAAAAGAAGGAAAAAAUGCACAAAAAGUAAAAUAGAAUAUUAACCAUAAUUUAUCAUUAUACUUAUUACAGGGGGAUACCAAUGCCCGAAGGCCAUGUGUGUGGGGGCAUAAUCUCCAGAAAAUUUUUCAAAUUUGAAACCUGGAAAUGCUCUUUCCUGCCUUCUGAGCAACCAAAAAAUAAAAAAUUAUUAACAAUAAUUUAUCAUUACUUAGUGGUAGAAAAACGUAACAAUUUAGAUCGAUUUUGUUAAACAAGGACAAAGGAUAAAGCCUAAAACUUACUUUCCGUUUAUUUAUUUGUUAUUCUUCGCUGUUUUGUUGGUAUACAUUUAGGAAAAAGGGACUUUUCCUGGGGGGGCAAAAUGUGAUUUCGUGGGGGGGCACAAGGGGGGACUCGGGGGGCAAAUGCCCCCCCAGCUUGUAUGUUAAAAAAGGCCCUGAGUCUCAUCCAAAAUCAUUAAAUGUCUGAAAUCAUUACUGAAUUAAAAAUUAUUUUGUUUAGUCAACCUGCGUGUCGUUCCUCUUGGCCUCGAUCUAAAAGCCUCGAUGAAUAAUGUAAGUAUUUAUUUGUCAUGUGUAGGUGAUGUUUUUACAAGUAGACCUUAUAGGAGUUAUCCAAUUAAGUUCUUUGUAGGUUUGCACUUUGCAUGGCGAUAAAAGAUAUAAUAUUUUGUUUGUGGAAACACCACGUAUAGAUUUAUUACUGCAAAGCUUUCGAUCCGUAAGCCCGGAUCUUCAUCAGUGCUAAUAAUUUGAGUUAUCCUAGUAUUCAUAAUUUGAAUGCCCGAGCACUAUGCUGAACCUACAGUCUGUAAAAAUAUUGACAGGGUCAGGGUGCAUGUAUUUAAAAGGAGGCCUUUAGAAAUUAAAAUAUCCUUGUGAAACACAAGACUAUUUUCUGCUUCUGGGAAAGAUAACUUCUAAUAACAUAAAGGAGCAUGCAUAGACUGCAUCAAAAUUGUCAAAUUACUAUAAUUAGUCAUACCACCAGUUCAGUACACAAUUCAUGUGUUGGACGAAACAAAAUUAAAGUUUUGACUUUUAAAUAACUGCAGAAAAUUUUCCUCUUCUGUUUUACGCACCAGUAGGUUCAGCUUAGUGCUCAAGCAUUCAAAUUAUAACAAUAAGGUAAAUUUCUAAAGGUCUUCCUUUUUUUGAGACAUCCUGUAUAACCAAGUUCUUUUUAUUUUCCGUUAUAGGUGACAAUAGAAGUGCUGGUGAGGACUUUGCUAUAUACGAACGCAACAGAAAAUAUAUGCCGUUGUCUUUUUUCGUUUUCUUCGGCGAUUGUAGUUUUUCUCGUUCUAACAUAGUGACUGUUUUGUUGAUAUUAUAUUUCAGAAUCCCCAAGGUAUUCGUGUGGAAAGAUGGGGAAAUCUUAACACAAAUGAAGGUCUGCGUUUUUCUAUUGUGAUAUUGGUAUUUAAUAAUACUCUAAUAAUACCUUUCUACAUAAUGUUUUCAUGUACAUUCCGAAUUAAUAAGUACAUAAUCAGCAAUAUGGUUUCUCGUCCAAUUUGGAAAAACAAGCGCUCGCUCGUGAUUUUUUCAAUGACUUCAAAUUGGACUCGUUCUACAGACUUUUUCAAUUUUGAUCGUCUUUGAAAAAUUCAUUGGUGCAUUUUUUCUACUAAUUGUACUCGAAACCAUGCUACUACCAAUGUAGUAUACAACGUUUUGCGUUUGUUUCCAGGCUUCUUCUCGCGUCGCUUGGAUUUAUCGGACAACGUGAUGCUUGGGAUGUGGACUAUUAGUGCCUUAUAUGGCCAUGGAGUGAGUGCAACAAUAUCACCUAAGGCCCAUUUACACUUGCAAUUUUUUCUGCGAUUUCUAGUGCGAUUUUCGUCUUCUGAUGCGAUUAGGCGAAUACAUGUACCCUCCUCGUCUGAACAUUCAAAACUCAUCCCCUCAUUCAGACUUAUCAGAAGAAGAAAAAACGCACCUCAAAUCGCAGCAAAAAUGUGCUCAUUGCAGCUUUUACCUACGUUUAUAUGAUCCUGCUAUCUUUUCUGUAAUCACUGUUUUUUUAUUGUUUCUACAGCUGGUACAAAAUGCUUCGAUACAAUUUGAGGUCCGAGAGUACG